ACAGUUGAACAGAGGGUGUAAUCCAUAAUUCAGUCCCAGCACGGGACUAGCCCUCAGUCUCUCCACUUCAUCUGUCAAACCACGGAGCUACUGCAGCCUCUACUCAACCCCGGAGACCAAGGCACCGUGGAGGACAUUUCCCUGCUCCGGAGCGGAUGGAGGAUCAUCCUUGAAGAAGGACGAGGGCGGUGCUCGCUGCAGCUUUUGCAUGACUUCCAGCGGCCGAGGAACAAACAUUGAGCGGUUAUCUUCAAGAGACGUAAACAUUGCCAUGCCCUGCUUCAUGCGCCACCUCCUUCCACCAUCCUCCCUCUCCUCCGCUGGUCCAGGACAUAAGCAGCUGUUUUAAGAGGGAUCUCAGGAGGGACAUGACGCUCCUGUCAGCGUGAAUUUUUUUGCAGACGUGGUGAAGUUGUGUCCGGGAUAGGAGGCUGCAGCGGGCCACAGUCUGCACUCUCUCUACCCUGCAUCCUGACUUUGCUGUGUCCGUGUUUUGCUGCCAUGCUGCAGGCAGCAUCCUCCGACCUGUUUCCGACUUGAGCGUCACUCUAUGGGAUUAUAAACAACUUCAUGAAGCAGAAAACAGGAUAUUUCACCUCUUUGUGUUUUCAAGCAUUCACUUCCUAUCUUCAAGCAUUCACUUCUCUGUUUCUUCUGAGUGAUAAUGAACAUUUUGUUUGGGGAAAAUUGUUUUGUUGCUCAUAGAGCUCAACUUCUCAGUCUCAGAUCACAUUUUCUCAGUGAGAUGUGACCAGCUGCAGACAUUUUAAUGAGUUUAGUGUCUCUGACAUUAAUCCAACCUCCUCUGAAGGACUCCUCAGUGGGACCAGUCUUGUUAUUAUCACAGCUCACUGUAAAGCAGCACCAUGGGGGCCAAACAGACCAAAGGCCAGGAGCCUGGAGGAGCAAGCCCACAGCACAGCUGGAAGAGGACGCCGACCAAGGAGCGAGGAGACAUUCUGGCCUCCCUCAUGCUGAAAUCAGGGGACCGGCUGAACCGUGGGGGGACGCCGCCGCCACCCUAUCAGCGCCGUAUUGGUAUGAUUCAGGAGAUGAUGAUGAUGGCCAAGCAAGGCAAGCAGGACGAGGCGACAGAGAUGCUCAAGACCCUCAGACAGGUAACUGCUCGGUGUUUGAUUGUGGGUGUUUAUUUAGGUCAGGGGUCACAGGUUCUCCUCAACAUCUCUGAUCUAAGUGAGAGUAUGUGGGUCAGUCAGUCUGGUCCCAGUUGUCAGUGUAAACUUUUUCAAGGACCACUCUAUCCUGGAGACCUCACAUAUUCAGACCCAAAAUUGUUAGUCCAAUUGAACUUACUGACUCGAGCUUAGCCCCGCCACCAAAAAACUAUCGUGCAGUUUCCAAAACACAAAAGAGUCUGGAAGUUUGUUUUCAUCAAAUUAGGCCAAUUUUCACAUCCACAGUUGUUAUCAGAACCACUGCACAAAUACCUAAGCAUCUUUAUCAUGUGUAUGACUUAAUCCAGACCCCCUGGUCGGCAGGACCUGUUGUCUGCACAACACUUUGACGGCGUUGAGACCGCUUUCAUUUAUAUUCGCUCGUAGCUUUUUAGACACUUGUAGCAUCUGGACGACUGUCAGGCAGCUGCUGCAGAGAAAAGGAAGAGCUGAACACCAGCAGACUGAAAGAAUCUGCUGUUGUGAGAAAGGGAAGAAAAACAGGAAAAAGAGCAUAGUACUAGUCAAAUUGGGGAUUUGGAGAGCUGAAAAAAGAAAGGCUGUUUAAAACUGUGAUCAGUAAACAUGGAGAGUAGCUUUGACUGAAAUGAAAAAGAACAAAAAAUAGAGGCAAUAACAGCGAUGCACAGAAUACAUAUGCUGCCUGUGUUGACUGUUCAUUCCUCCAUGACUCAACCUCAGAGCACAGAGCCCGACAUACUCAGACACACUGAAACACCGCUGCUUCCAGGGUUUAUUGUUUGGGCUUUAGAGAUUUAUAUCCGCUCCGUUCUGUUAGUAUUUACAACUCCCUCAUCAAACACAUAAACAUAGUUAAUCCUUCAAACGGUGGCAAACAGUGUACACAUGCUGACCAACAGAGGACACCUCUCCAUCCAUCAUUAUUACGAGAGGAUUAAGAUUAGUGAUACUUCAGGGGAGGGGAAGCGCUCUUUACAUGACACAGGAAAGGGGUUAGCAGGAUUCCCACUAAGCAAUGAUACACACAAGGUGAAAAGUGGACUCAAGACAAGUUGUAAAUAUCAAGCUUAAGGUGCUGGAGAGGAUUGUUUGGCAUAUCAGCAGCUUGUGAGGUAAAUUUGUAAAUGUGGAAGAUAAACUGGUUUCAGCCUAUUGAGACGAAGUGCUCCCUUUCAGUUUCAGAUAAAUGCAAAUUAGAUAAAUUCAUCAAGUUUUCAUCAUUGGCCUGUUAAAUGGAACUGCCUUGUCAAAAAGAUGAACACUGCGUCUCUGCAUCCUUUUGAACAAAAGUAAAGUCAAAACCAGGCUAUCCAUUGCUACGUCAAUUUUUACAGUAUAAAUCACCAAUUAAAUAUAAACCUCUAAAAAAAAAAGGCAAUUUGAAAGACGUACAACUGAAAGGACUUCAAAAAACAGAAACUGUUAGUUUGGUCAUGUCCCAUCUGAUAACAUGGAGGGGACGGACCUUAUACAGCAGCCAGUCAGCAGGGGGAGCUCCAAGGGUUUUGUCUUUACUUUUGAGGAGCUAUUAUGUCCUACAUGUUUCAAACAGUCAAUAACAGGGAUGUAAACCAGUGAUUGACAGAUUUUUCAGGCACUUUUUGUGGUUUUCUGAUCAUGACACCAAGAUUGAACUUCUACUAGAAGGAGCUACACAGCUUUAUAAAACUGCACAUUGCUGAACACAGUGGGUGUCUUCAUGCUGGAACGCAGUUUAAACCUCGUUUGAUCCAAAAACAGACCUGGGAGGCAUACGGUCUAGAUGUCACAGAGAUUAAAAAAUUCCCAUAGAACCACAGGGCUCUGUGGCUUCACACUGUAAAGAUUACACUGUGGCUUUCACAGUUUGCUUUUGAUAUCAUGUCCUGGCUCUCAUGUAUCACCUCUAGGUCCACAGGGAGGAAUUCUCACUCUGGAGGAAAUGUUUGAACAGGUCCAUGAUUUCAGCGCUCCUCAGAAUUUAUUGAAAAUAUCAGACCACUUCUUAGACCUUCUUCUAGUAAAAAAACUAAAAUCAAUUUAAAACUAAAAUUUCAUGACUGCAUGUGUGAAGGAGAGUAAGCUAAAGGUUUACAUUAGAGGUCGUUUUUCUUUAAUCAUGACUUUUUGGAGAAUACUUCUCUCAUAGAUAGAGAAACAACACUGUUGGAAAUUCAUCUGACCAAAGCAACUUAAGAUAUCAGACCACAGGUUGUUUCCUCUGUCUUAUCAUUGUAACAUAUUUGUUUAGGGUUGUUUGCUCUUUAAAACCUCAUCCAUUAAGGCUCCAGAUACAGCUACUGAGAGAUAUGUGGUAAGCUACGAAUCUUCUGUCAGCACUUAGUGGAUCAUUGCUCCUGCCAUUAAAGGACUUAUUGUGACGUCACACUCGGUGUGGGAAGCAUGUACAUUGUUAUAAUGUCUCACUUCUCAGGUUAAUUGGAGGCAGACCAGAGAAACAAUGCAGUUUAGAAUUGUGUCUGACUUUUCAUCUGUGUCCCACAAUCUGCAGCUGAACCCAAUGACCCUGUUUUGUGAAUUUAUAGGGAAAAAACAUUCAAAAUAAGUUUCUAGGUGAGAUAGUACUUGGUUUGAGAUUGCAUUAAUAGAAUUGUGCAUAGCUAUGCUUAAAGUUUUUCACCACACCAAAGCUGUAGUAGUGCAGCUUCAGUGCUGUGAUGUAGGUGUCUUGGUUUAGCAUUUAAUCCUGUCAAUUGGAGACCUUUUUUUUUCACGAUAAAAAUCACUUAAAGAAAUUAGGCAAAGUUAAAAAGAUGUUUGGUGGCUAGUGCUGUGGCUAGGACCCUAUAUGUACUGUUGAUGAAGUUAGGUGCUGUUCUGAGCAUUAUUUGUGGCUAUAGAGUGGCUUUUUGGUUGAGGUUUGUUUAUAGCUCCUCAGACCACUGUGUAUUGCUAUCCUGCAAUUGUUACUAAAGAUGGUUUAACUAGAGAAGCAAGCGGUCAGCAGCGGGGUGUCUAACGCGGUAUUACAGUGUGUUUUACCCUAAAUUAAUUUUACGCCGGAAUAUGCCUUUAAGGCUCCUGCUUGUGAGUGUUUUAAUUUACAACAAUGAAAAAGGCUAAAAUUCAUAUUAAAGCUUCUUUAUGAUAAACAAAAGCAAACGAGACAAUUAGUGACAAGAUUGUCGAGUUUUACACUGUAAUAUUUAAUGCGUAUAAGUUAUGUGAGAGGGUACGUGUCAGAGGAGCGGCUGUAGACAAAGCAGUUUUUAUAUUUUACACCAGAUUAUUACAACAAAAUAUACAGUAUAUUUGAGUGUCAGAAGACAUGACAUUAGUUCCUGCAAUCACUGUUUUGUCCACAAGGGGCGCCAAAAUUUACACAUACCAAAAGUUCAAUACAGGGACUAAAAGUAUUGGACUGAAAGUAUCCAGUUCGCAGGGUCACACAUCGAAUCAAGUCAUGUGGUCUCACUUCUUUUAACAGGGAUAUAACCGUAAUUUAAUGGUAGAAUGAGAAACUUACUUAUGCACCAACAGUUUCCCUAAAAAAGCUGAUUAUUAAGAAGUAUAGCGACAGGAUUGAGGCUAAAGAAGUCAUGCCCACUGAAAUAAAAAUAGCCACGGAAAAUAAACAUUACUCUUGCUAAAGUAGUGAGCUGUAAAAAUAAUUAUGCUUGUGUAAAAAUUUCACUUUUCCCCACUGUUCACAGUUAUUGUGAAGUAUUAAAGUGACUGAAUGCUAACGUUAGCUGUGUUCUGAUGCUAGCAAACAAGUUGUAUUGACUAAUCUGCGUUUUAUGGAUGCAGCUAAUCUACAAAGGAUGUACAGAGUUAAACAGUGUUAUUUAACACUUAAAGCACCAGGAUUUUUGUGGAAUUAUCACAUAAUCUCUGUCAUUGAUACAAAACUAGUCAGAAGAUGGUAAACCCCAUGCAGAAAUUCAUCCCUGAUGUCAGGAGAAAUAAAACAGACUUCUUCAGGGGUUCAAAUGUUAAUAACAUGCAUGGUUUCUUGUGCUGUGGUCUGAUCAGAAGAAAAGGUGUGAGGGUGUGAACAGCGGCUCUCAUGGCUUAGCUUUGAUCAGCUUCGUGACGAGUAGAGGCAGAGAUCAUGACCUCUGAGGGAUUUUUUUUUCUCAGCUGUUAGUGGAGCUGUGGAUUAGAGAAAAGGAAAAUGAGCGUGAUGCUCCUCAACUGGAGUAGACUAAGAUGAAGGGAUACAACCAUGUUUCAGACUGCAGGAUGAACCUGUUCUUUCUUUCCAAAGGCCACAUGAAUAAUGGACGCAGCCAUCAUCUCGUCAUUCAGCAGUUUGUUUACCACCAGGUCUGUCAUUUAGAUACGCUAUGUUGGUUUUCUCAAGAAGAGACCAUAUUUCUCAACUGGAGAAGAACUGGGGUUAGCAGUUUAUAACUGUGGCUGAUUCAUUAGCUAGUUUACUGUCAUAUCUCCCACCAAGCUGUUCAUUUAGUAGACUAAGUAAGCUAAAACAGAUUUGGGAAAGCAGCUCCCAUCUGCCGUUAACUUGUGACUUGUUACAAUCUUGUACGACUUACAAAAGGCACCUGUUUGAUGUUGAGGCUGCAUUCCUGCCCUAACAAAAUAAACAGUGUCUCUCAGAGUCUCCUUUGGUAGCCGGGUAAUCAUAUGGCUUCAUGGUCUGGCUGAAAUGUACUCUUGUAGAAUAGUACAUGAUGGACAGAUCACACAAUGAAUUGGAUGAAGACAAUUAUAGAGGAAAAAGGUCAGAAGUGAGGGAAAAUUUUCAACAGACACUGACGGAGGAGCAGAAAAAGACAGUGAUUACCAAGACAAUUCUCUUAUUCAGCUCCUAAAGAGUGGGGCAUAAUGAUGCAGAAAUGAGAGAGAGGGUAAAAAAGAGUUUAUUUGUGAAGGAAGUCACCUCUUUUGCUGGUUUUCCAGUUCUCCUCCACGUUGCUGGGAAACCGUGGCGGUGGCUGGACUGCUCUGACUACACAGACUGAUUAGUCAAGCAGGAACUCUGUUAGGAGCUAAUGGGAAGGCCACUUUCUCAAUCAGCGCUCUCCAAUUAACUGGAAACCAAAGCUGGAUUAUUUUCCCGUAAGGUUGAUUACGAAUAGCACCUUUAGAAAACCUGCAAAUGUAAUCCAUCUGAUCCUCUCAGUGAUCUGCUCUUAACAGCUUCAUGAGGUUGUAACUCACAUUGUUCAAGGAAAUGUAAAAAUGACAUAAAAUUAGAAAAAUCUUUGUACUGUAAAAACCAUGUAUUAUACAGUCUGUGCUUCUUAUGCACUGUCCUUAGUCUUAGGCCAGAAUUGCACCUCCUGCUCCAUCACAGUGCAUAGAGAUUUUCACUUUGUCUGUUUUAUUUUUUCUGCAUCGACUAGUCAGGAAGUCAGACACAAAAACAAUGUUGACAGCAAAUCAUGUUUCACUUAGGUACACCAAUGAACAGCCUCAGUUAGCAGAGCCAGGUCUGAAGUCAGCAGGUCAGAGGUUUUUUGGAGCUAAUCAUGGGGGUGGAAAACCAUUGAUUGUGUAAUGAUUGUGGAAAAUCAUGGGUUUCGUGACUGCUCUGUGUUACGUUAAAAAUUGUGUUUCAUAAGUGCCCUCCAUCAUACGUUCAGUUCUGUACUGUACUUCAUAUUCCAGCCUUUCUUUGGUAGUAGCAUUGUUGUUGUUUUUUUGCUUUUGAUUGGUUCGGUCUUGUUUGACUGCACGAUGAAUCACGGCAGAGUGCUGUCGGUACAGUCUGUCCCAUCAGCUCCCGUUUUAAGUUCUGUCUACUGCAUUUUAGACACACAGAGAGAGUAAGAGGGUUGUUCCAGUUUUGAGUGCUGUCAUAUGCUAGAAUGGCGAGACACUGACAUAGUGUUCAGACUGAAGUGAAAAUAUCAAAGCUGUGUUAUUUAAGCAGUUACAUGGUGACACAACCGACAAAGACUUUGGUGCCACAUAGUUUAAAAACAUGCUUUAGUUUUGGUGUGAACACUGAAUGUUAAAAACUGCAUCUCAAUUAUGUCACACAGCCUUUAGAAGGCAAGAUCUCACGGACACAGAUGUUGUAGUGUCAUGGUCAGGGCCACUGCACUUCACCAUGAGCAGGUUUUCUAGUUAAAGAAGAGCCUAUAUAUUUUUUCUCUAGUUUUAAACACUUGAGUGUUUGUGUUUGCUGUUGUGUUCGUAGUUCUCUUUGUGUGUUUCACCAGUUUACCCUUCACCGUUUGACAAUUUCCAAUGAACAACUUGAAUGGAAAACAACAUUUUAAAAACGCAGAGAUUUACCUCAUUAAUUUCAGACCACACUGCAAGACAUUUAAUGAAACAUUUUACCACACUACAUAGUAAGACAUAACUUUUAUGUUUUAAAACUUCAGGGCUACUGUCCUUUUCUCUGGAUAUGAUCUCGAGAAAAGGUGAGCCACAUAUUUUCUCCCUUUUUUACCAAAAGAGCUCCUCUUGGGUGUUUUCUGUGUAUGUCUGCAGCACCUUCUUUGAUUUCACCAGUUUUGCCUUUUGACAGUGCAAUUUGUAGAUUUCAAUACAACGUUUCAAAUUAAUCAUUAACAUAAAAACAUUUGACACACAAUUAUAGAAAAACAAAGAUUAAACUUUCAGAAAACACUACAUCCCAAAAAAGAGAGAGACAAUUCACAAAACUGCUUGUCACGUCACAUGAUAAGAGAAAUAAGACCACAGGGUUAGGGUUAGGGCUGCUGUGUUUUAAAACUUAAGGACCACUGUACUUUUCUCUGUAUGUGAUCUCUAGCUACGGUGAGCUUCAUAUUUUUAUGUCUUACGUAUUUACCAAACAGCAGCACUUUAACCUUCACGCUUGUGUCUGAGCCUCAUAUCUAUGUGCUUUGCCACCGUCAGACCCCGCUUUGAUCUUGACCUCCACUAAUGAGAGAGGAGCUUCUAAUGAAAGACGAGCCCAGACUGUUUACUGGGACUCUGUGUGCGUUCACACUAUAUCCUCCCUUUCAUUGAGUUUCACCGUCUGUUGAUCUCACUGCAGACUUCAGCAAACAUGCACGCACCUUCUGUAAUAGCAUUGUUGUUGGGUUUUCACUGGUUUCAUUUGGGAAGAACAAUCCAGCAGAUUGAUAAUUCAUUCAAACCUUUAUUUAUUCUUGAAAGGACAUUGAGGUUUCCCUCAUUUUCAAUGUCGUCGAGAGCACAGACCUCAUAUGAUCACAGAAUCAAACAAUCAAUCAAACAAUCACAACAGCAAAGGAAUUAAUGAAAACAGUUACAAACAGAGGAGCAAUGGUCAAUAAUUAAAGUCUUAAACUCUGUAAGAGAGGGAAAGGCUGUCAUCUUUAGAGAUUGUUGGAGUAAAUUCCAUGAGUGAAGGGCAUCGAAUGAAAAUGCCAAUUUACCGAGUUCAGUGUAGACUCGAGGAACUUUCAGAGUUAGUGAACCAGAAGAACGAGUCAUGUAGGAGCAAUCAUAGAACUUUAACAGGUUUGUGAGGUAGGGUGGUAGCCUGUUUGUAAGGGCUUUGAAAAUAUACAGAAACCAAUGUUUAUUCCUUCUCUGAUCAAGUGAUGGCCACCCAACUUUCUCAUAGAGGAUGCAAUGAUGAGUUUUGUACCUAUAACCAGUUAUGAAUGGGAGAGCAGAGUAGAAAACUGAGUCCAGAGGCUUGAGAGUUGAAACUCCAGCAUGUCUGUAUAUUAUAUCACCAUAGUCCAGGACAGACAGGAACAUGACCUCCACGAUUUUUUUUAUGAAAUGACAGUGGAAAAACAUGCUGUUUCUGUAAAGAAAACCAAUUCUCUGACGUAACUGGGUGACAAGAGUACUUAUAUGUUUGAAUGUGAAUUCCUCAUUAAGCCGUAUCCCAAGAUAUUUAAAGUUAGUGACUCUUAAUUCUUGAUCCAUUGGAAGUAGAUUUCUUUAUGUUUUCAGAUGUAACAUUCCUAGCCCUGGAGAAAAGCAUGAAUUUUGUCUUGCUUACAUUUAGUACCAGUUUAAGGUUAAUAAGAGACUCUUGUAGAGUGUUCAAAGCAAGUUGCAGGUUAUCAGUGGCAGAUUGUACAGUAUCUGCGACACAAUAAACAAUAACAUCAUCUGCAUAAUGAUGUACAUGACAAUUUUGCAGAUUAGCGACAAUGUCAUUGAUAUAAACAGUGAAAAGCAAGGGCCCCAAAACUGAACCCUGUGGCACUCCUCUAUCUAUCAAUAAAAAUCUGAUUUAGCUUGACCUAUUUUAACACACUGAGAUCUCUCAAACAAAUAACCCUGAAACCAUGCAUGUGAACCUUCAUCCAAAUCAAUACUGGAUAGCUUUUUUAAUAGUAAGAAGUGAUCGACUGUGUCAAAAGCUUUCAACAGAUCUAUAAGGAGAGCAGCGCAGUGUUGCCUCCUGUCUAAUGCAGAUAUUAUGAAUUAAUUUUCAUAUUACAAGGAUAAUAUGACUGGCUUGUCCUCUCACUCAUCCUCAUAGACUCACACUUUUUGAGAAGAACCUGGUUUGCAAAAAGCAUCAAAACAUUGCACUUUUGUCUCUUGUCAAACUGAACAUUUUGCAGUGAAGAAAAGGAAACUGUGGUGGUUCAUAAAGGUUGCAGAUGUGAAUGCUCCUGGGUUCUUUGAGGUGAAAGCUUGACAUUUUAGGAAAAGGUUACUGGCUGUCGCUGACACUUAAAUGAGGAUUUUGAUAGGACCUGCUGAUUAACUGCUUGCAGAAAUUAGGAGCCAGUUAGCCUGGCUAAACAUGAGGCUGUAAAAGGGGGGGGAAACGCAUAACCUGCUGCUACCUUCUGUAAGAUUUGGUGAACAAUUUCUUUGUGUCGCCAUCUAAUAGCAGUAUCAAGUGAGUGGAUUUGGUGUUAUUGUAGUUAGACAAAUACAAUAAGUAGAGUUUUGAAAAAUAUUCUUGAUUCACAUCUGAACAGAAUUAUAGUCUUCUUUGCAGCUGGUGAAGCAGCACCACUCACAUGGGGUUAGUUUAAGGAGUGAAUCACCUUUUGACGUCAAUGAUCAGUGGGAUAUGUAAAGCCUGUAAUUUACUCAAGUUUCCCAGCAUCACUGGUUGAAAAUGUUGAGGUGCUGAAUGGCAGCCAUGUUGUCUUUUAGGGCAGCACACCUCUCUACAGCAGCCUUUAGCUACAGGUGGCUGGAAAUCGAUUAAAUUCAGUCAUCUAGACAUUUACAUCCUGUAAACUUUCAGAGAGCAUGUGCAUAAGAAGCCUGAGGACAGACUGUAGAAAGUUAUUAAGUACAUGUCAUAUAGAUUUAGAAAUACUGAUUUCCAUAUGCACAAGUGAUUUGGUUGCCAAGCAACAAUGAAUGGUGCACCACCUGUUUUGUAGGCGACAUUGUUUACAAAGGCGAUAUAUCCAUUUAAAGUACAGAAAAUAUUUCCAACCCCACGCUGCAAAGCAUGACAUGAGUCUAAUCAUUCUUACGCAUCUGGAUCUUUGGGUGGAUUCCAGUUAACUUUUUCUGCAACUGCAUUUCCUUCAGAGUUUAUAGUGUGUUUUUGACUGAGUGGUAACUUAAGAUAAAACACAACUAACUAAGUAACGUAAUGAAUAGGAUCCCUUGCUAUGUGACAGCAUGUUAGUGCCAACUAAAGGGGGGGCAACCGUCAAUAUCAGGUUUAUAAAUGCAGAUGCCCUCCAUGCAGGAGAUCCCCAGGUAACACUAACCACAUGCAAAUAAGGCUGAUGUAAAUACUGUCACAUUAUUAAGAAUUACUCUGUGUAUAUGAGUAUAUUGGUUGCACCAGUGAGAGGGAUGCAGCUCACUUUUUAGAUGACCAGAGAGGUGUGUCAUGCUCCAAAAUUUUAUCACAAACACACAACCAUAAUAAAAACAGUCAAUAGAGCCUAAGGAGCCUUUAAGGUUAUUAAGUUACUGUUGGUUUUGAUUGACACGAUUUGUCAUUUACUUGGUAAAAUCAGAUAAAAAUAUAAACUAGUUUUUGUUGUUGUUUCUUGUUUUUGACCUGAUUCUUACUUUGUUAUGUAAUAUCAGAGUUAUAUUAACUCUCAUAACCUUUUAUUUUUAGCUGAACAGAUUCAAGGGAGUUACGGUCUUGAAAUAUCUUCAGAGAAAUGACAUCACAGCAAACAAAAAUUCUGAUGUAUGCACCGGCAGACUCAAGAAUUCAAGGAUUAAUAACAUCCCUCAGCUCUGUGCCUGUCCUCCCUGACUGGUUUACGGCUAUCCUUCAUAUUUUUCCUCUUCCCAUGAAGUUUCCGAUCUAGGUCAAAGAACAGUGAUCAAAGGAGACAUGUCGGAUCGGUUUUCUUGACAGCAUCAAAAAAUGAAACACCCUUAAUGCAUCCUGUGAUUGAGUGAUGUCAGCUGGAAACUGUGGGAGUCUGUGCAUCCUGUUCAUCACAACAUGCACCUGUUGAUUCACCAAUCAUAGGUUUGUCAGCUGCUAUGUUGGUAUUUAAGUCACUCCUAUCUGAAAAUACAGCAGCUGAGAGCCUGUGUGCCAAUCAGCCACUAAUCUGCCCAUGCAAAACAAAAGGCGGCCUGGAAACCUCAGUGAGUCAUACCUUUCUGUAGCAGACCGUGCAUCACCCCCCCCCCCCCCUCUCCUUUUUCCCUCUCUCUGUCUCUAAACAUAGUCACUCUAGACACACAAAAUCAUAUCUAUGGCCACUAUGAGCCUGCACUUACCUGUGGACUAAAAAAGCAUUUUCCCAGAAUGUGAUUCAAGCUCACUGGUAUUAUCAGCACAAACAGUGUUGACACAAAGGCAAACCCAUUACGUAUUGUUUGCAGGAGCAGACUGCCCUAGGGUACCUACCAUCUGAAUUGAUGUCCUUUUACAGGAGGAUGUACUAUCCAGGUGUGUGUUUGUAUUUAUCAUUUACAUAUGAAAGACAAAGUCAUGUUCAUAAGGACGUCAUGAACUUGUUUGUUUUGCCUAUUUUUUAAUUUAGAGUUUGAAUUCUGUCAUAUCUUAGUCAUUGGGAGCUAGGAAUGACUGAAUGUUGGAGGAGGGUAAAACUGCAGUUCUUCAGGUGUCCACAUGAAGAAGGCUCGGGUCAAACCCAAAGCUCCAGUGAAGAGGUUUUUUUUAAUGUCUGUGGAAUAGACUGAGAUUCAUAUUGAUGCCUUUCUGUGAUACUCUACAGCAAACAAGAUCAUUCACAACAACUUAUGCAAGUGGGUAGGGGGACAGACAAGCACCUGAAGAAACAGCCCUGUUUUUACACUUAACGGUUUGUUAUCUACAAUAAAAGAUAUGUUUAGCUGUCAAGAGUUAGCACAGUGAUAUUUUUUGUCAGAAGACACAGUUAAAGCAUGUAGGGGACAAGGUAAGCAAGGAGAGCAGUCUCCCUAGGGUGCGCCAAAGUCACCGCAAGCCGAAAGUUCCUUACAGGAGCUUUAAUGAAAACUUUUACCAACCUGGUGCAAUAAGGAUCUGUAACCAUCAACAGCAAAACUAUGAAAUUAAAAACCACAUCAUCUCUUGAACUUUGUAUUAAAGUUAGCUCUAAGCAUGCAAAUGUAUGCUUUUAUUCCCUUUUCUAAAAUUUCAGGUUUUAAUACGUUAUUUGAUUUUUGAAAGAGAUGAUGGGACCUCAUGAUAGACGCUCUGUUGACCAAUGUGGGCUCUGCAGAAAGGCAAGAGAAAAGCAAGUAGCAACAAUGAACACAGUUGUGUGCUAGUUUAGUGUUUCCACAGUUCAAAAAUGAAAAAAAAAAUCUGACAUUUUAUGUUAGAUUUCUCCUCCUACCAUAAAAGGUUAAGGGCCUGUUUCCAUAAACUCCCUUUCUUUGCACGGACAGCACGUGUUUCUACGAAAUUAUUGCAGUGUUUUGUGUUUUCACAAAAAUGCCCUCAGGUACAUAGAGCAAGAGGCCAAUGUUCACUUCAUGAAAGCCAAGGUUUGGUACGCAGGAGGUCAAAUACUCACGCAAAGGUAUUGAAAUGAACCGGCAUGGAAGGAGGGAAGGGUAGGAAGUCAGUGAGGUAAGACGAGGAGAGUGUCAAAAAAACAGGAAGCGUAAAAUAGGAAGGAAUAAAAAUGACUAUUUUGAGGUCUAGUGCUUUUCAACAUUAUCUUUGACAGAUGCUGCUGUAUAAAAGUAAAUAUGAAGCACAGUGGGCUUUUCAAAACAGACCUGACAGUCAAUACUCUAAGAUGUGGAAGAGCUGCGGGAUAACUUUUGUAGCCUAGCAACAAUGAGCGCCAGUGAGAGGCGCUGUAAGUUAGAGGUACAGUGGAUGCUGCCAACAACGAAAACUGGAUGUAGGCUGGAGUGACUGGAUGAAGGCCCUGAAACUAUGAAACCAAGGCAGUUUAGCAUUUUCUAAGUGUCCAUAAUGUAAAAACACUUUUAGAGGAAGAUGUUUAAUGUCACUCAGGGAACCCUCAGUGAACGUUUAAAUUUGGAGUCCAGAUAAAUAAAUGUCUCUUCUCCUCAGCUGAUUCAAACAAGAUCUAUGUUAAUGUCUUCAUCUAUGAGGCGCAUUGCCAAGUCUUUUUCUGACCACUUUUCACACCUCACCUGGAAGCUUAGUCUCCAUUUUGCACUCUGCAGAAGCUAAGAGCUCGUACCAGCUUCUCUCAUAAUCUAAUUGGCAGAUUGCCAUUAAAAGAGCACCGAGGGAACCUGUGACCUUUAUUUUACUCCCACACUCAGGGCCAACUUUAAAUGUUGCUGAAAACCCGACUUUAAGAUCACCUUCAUAUCACAGUGUCUGUGUCAUGCUGCUGUGCCUUCAGGGGGAUUUACUGAUGCAUUUGGCCUUAAAUUGUAUCCCCCCCCCCCAACAAAAAAACAUAAAUCUGAAUAUUCUCACUCAGCUCAGUGUUGACUCAGCUUUGAGUCUGAAGCUGCAUCUCUGUGACAUUCCUCUAAAGCGGCUGUGGUCUAAUCCUCUCCUGUCUGAAGCGGUGCUUUCAGUUAUGUUGACUCUUUAAGAUUUAACCGGACUGCUCGUCAUGCGGGAAGCUGCCAACAGGUUUAUGCAUAGCCGCCUUUGAUGGAUCGAGUGAUGUGACAAAUUUUGAUUUUGAUUCCCUUCUCCAGCAGCUGGACUGUCAUGUAGCAGAGCGCCAUGCAACAGGCUCUAAUUUGAUGUUUUAAGGUUCGGAUGGUUUACUUAGAGCAGCAUGGAGAACGUGAAAGCCUCACACACACCAGAGAGUAGGAGUGUGUGUGUGCAUAUCUGUGUGCUCGAAUGGUUUUCAGCCUUUGUCCUCUUCAUAAAAAAUGUAGUGUAUGUGAUGAACAGGGCUGUCAGCACGAUUUUAAAAGCUGAUCGAUCAUUUAAAUAAAAGACAGGAUCACUAGUUCUCUGAGGGCAUUUUUUUUUGUCUGUUCUGCCUAUUUGUGCACAUCAUAAAAGACAGCCAUGGCGUAGCUCCCAGCACUCUCAGGUGCAUUAUUAAAGACACCGCAGUCACAGUUACAGACGCUGCUGGAGUAAAAGAGAUAAACGAAACCGAAAGAAACUCUUUUUGUUCACUCCAUUGUCUCUCUUGUCUAGACUGUUUUACGAAUACACCCCUGAAAACUCAUGGUAUAAGAGCCAUGUUAAAGCUCCUGUGAGGAGUUUCUGAUUGGUUAUGAAACAGACUGAAAUGAACAGUUUAGCAUCUCUAUGGUAUACAACAGAAAGUGAGACUAUUAACAAAAAGAUGGACAAUGUCUGUGCAUAAUUUUGGAUGCCUGAAACUGAUGUAAGGGGGUAGGUACGCUGAGGAAACCGUCUCAGUUAUUUGACCCACAUUAAGAUAUUCAUGGUGAGUCAGUCAAAAUCAGCAGCAUUAAGAGUUACCACUUUGUCCACAAGGGGCACUGAAGUCGACACAGACAACACAGUCCAUCACAGGAGCUUUAAAUUUUCUUUUCAAAUAGGUUCACUUUUUUUUUUUUUAGAAUACAGACAUCAUGCAAUGGGGAAAAAAAAUUGUAAAAUAAAGUCGAAUAUUAUGAGAAUAAAGUUAUGUUUUGAGAAUUAACGCUAAGGAAGGAACUUUUGGUUUGUGUCUGUUUUGGUGCCUCCGAUAGACAAAGCAAUCUUUUCCUGCCAUCUUAAGUGCUGAUGUUUGACACAAAAUCUUGUUCUGUUGAUUUUUGAUGGUCUAAUGUGUCCUUUAUUUUAAACAUUUUAUGUGGACAUUGUAAAAACAGCGCUGUCUCUUUGCCUAGAAGGCCGACACCUCCUCCCUUACACUGGUUUUGGCCAUUAAAAACUAAAAUGUGACUCUCAUGGUCUUGUUUGCUUUUGGGUAGAAUGAAGUUAAUGAAUAGGCAUUUAUAUUAAUUUCAGCCUAUUUCAUUAAUGUCAAAAAACUCCAGACAGGAGUUUUAAGCAGAAAUGGAAUUGUAGUUGUUGUUUGGUGAGCAGCCAACCAAAAUGAGGAACGUGGAGUGUCCUGUAAAUUGUCUGCAUAUUUAACGACUUAUUUCUCGUAACACAAUGACUUGUAACAUAAUGGCUUUAGUCUUUUAAAAUAAUGACUUUAUUCCUGAUGUCUUAAUGCUUUUUUCUUAAUACUCUGCACCUCUCCCAAAAUUUUCCAAAAGCAUUUAUUCACAUUUAGCCCUCAAAGUGUUUAGUCUUCCCUGUUGGACCAGUGGAGGCAGGAGAAGGUCCCAGGAGAAGUUGAUAACAUGAAAACAUACUCAGAAAGCCACAGUACAACAUCAACAACAUGACAACAGAUGAAGCAGCAGAGAUCUGCGCUAUAGUGACAGUUUUUGAAUUCAUAACAUUGUAGGCUUGAUGUGCAGACAUCUUGACUGUCAACCUCAGAGUUUUAAUUCUUCGUGUUACAUGUUGAUCAUCUGGUUUCACACCAGUUGAAUGGUAAAAAGUCACCCACAAGGAAAGCGUAACAGAGAUGAGGAUGAGAGAGAAGAAGGCGGUGCUCCCGGAGAGAGGUUCUGAGGUGAAGGGCAGAAAAUGUCAGUGGGAGAAAAAUCCCUCAGCGUGGCUCUAACUUUGAACUGAAAAGUUUAGAUGAUUUACACACCUUCUGUUUGAAAGAGACCUGCCAGUGAACCUUGUCUUUUUAAUAUUGAUUACGAUUGAUCAUCAUUACCUAUGAUGAGCUUCAUGAAUUAGCAGGCAGCUCUUCUCUGUGCAGCAUAGAGGGUGAAACACUCCCGUGACUUUUUACACUUGCUCUGUAAAAGUUGUGUUUUAAAUUGUGAUGCAAACUGACUGUACAGAGAAACCAGCAAGUUUGUUUUGUAAUUUGUGUCAUUGGUUGUCACAUGCAGACAUAAAGUCCAUCAUAACUAGGGGAGCAUAAUGUCCAAAGUGAAGUAAUGUUACAGGAAUGACUUUUUCACUCAUUUGGCCGUUCAGUGAAAAGCUGUUUAUUUAAUGGAGUGUUGUUUGUUAUAGUGCUGAUUCUCAUGCCUGAUUGCCCCUAUUUAGCCUAAUAGCUGCAAAUGACUGCCUUUACUCCCAUUAAUGGACCAACAGCAAUGUAGAGGUAUGUAAAAUGUGACAAAAUAUUAUGAUAAGGUGGUAAUUAUUCUGCAGCAGGGCUGUUUUCAGCCAGGCCAGAUUUGCAUACCAGGAUAUUAAGUGGGACAUUUGGAGCUGCAAUCAAAAUAUCUUUUUCUGCUUUUGCUCAAAAGAUUUGUUAUAAAUUUUGUUUCAUAUUUUGGUCACAUACAGUAUCUGCCACAGGCACAUUGAAGUGCAAAACCAUGUUAAACCAGCACACAGCGUUGUCAUUGCAUGGACCGAUGCAUGCCCUCACUUCUUCAGUUUGUGCAUGGGAACGUGAUGUUCUUUCAUCAGUGCAACUCAGUCGCUGCAAGUAAGGCACAUAGGUUUGUGUUCAGAGUUGGCUAGUAAACAAAUAAAUACUCUGCAGUUCAGGCAGAGUUGAACUGCUGGUUUUUAUUGGUUGUUUGUCACUUAAGUGUGGAUAAUGAGAUUGAAAAAAACAAAGAUAUCAGGCUUUAUGAGCAGGACUACCUGGUUUAACCAUCAUUCUGAUCAGUGCUGCACGGUGCAGCUCUUGACAAAGAUGGAAAUGAAGUUAACUGUCUCUCUCACAAGCACAGUGUAUGUGCUUUACUAUUUUUUAUACCGGAUUUAUGUAUGCUUGUUGGCUUAAGGCCAAUCAGAGGUUGCAUGCAUGUCUGAUUUAGCUUGAGGACCAUUAAUAGUCACUACAUUGCAACACAAUAACAAAAUCAUGUGAUGAAAUUUUCAUCUACAACAUAGGCUGUGAAAACAGGCUCUCUGUUAUGGUACAGGUGAAAGUAAACUGUCGAUUAAAGAUGAUCACGUGGCUUUUUAUGGAAGAAACCCAGAACAUGUUCCCAAAGCAAAGCAGCUGGUUGAAGACCUUCACUCUUCCUCAUCCAACAGAUUAUCAAUGGGCCAUGACAACCAGCAAAAUGCCAUCAGCCUUCGCCAUUUUUUGUCUCUUUGUUUACCUGCCACAUCCGGGUGGCUGCAGCAGAGAUAGAAAGGAUGAUGGAUGGCACAUUCCUUCCCUUUGCAGAGGAUUUUCCAUUUAUUCACAGCAUAAAUAACAUGCAGGAUGAUGCUACUGACCGGUAAUCAUUGUUUAAACUCAUCAACAGGGGAAGUUGUCUUUUUUAAAGCCAAUCAGGGCAUCUUUUAUGUGACAAUGAGGAGAGUCAAUAAUUAUAUAGGGGGAAAAUGUGAUCUACAUGUGUGAAUAGUAAUUUAUUUUCUAUAUUUCUUCUCAUAGGUUGGAUUCUGUGCUAGCUGUGUUUAAAUUUUCCUCUUUUCGUGGUUUUGUAAGGCUACAUUCAGUUUCUGCUGUGUGAGUAAAGUGUGUUAUAUAACUAGAGCGGGCGUUCCUCUUACUAUAGGGACUGUCUGUACACUUGUGUAAGUCAGGAUAUUGUGUUCUUAUUCAAUGUGUCUGUGUGUCUCUGUGUGUGUGCAGGAUCUGGGCAUGGAGUCGACAUCUCUGGAUGACGUGCUGUAUCGCUACGCCAGCUUCAGAAACCUGGUGGACCCUAUCACACAUGACCUGAUUAUCAGCCUGGCACGAUACGUCCACUGCCCCAAGACGGUAUAACACACUCUUGUACACACCUAUAUCUCACUCCAAUGUGCAGAAACAGCCUCACAGCUAAGGUACACACACUCACGCAUGCUCACACACGCAGCCGCUCUGUCAGCUGACUCAUUCUGUCUGACACUAUCAGGUUACGGAAGUGCUCUAAGUGGUUGUGUUUCUGUGUGUGUGUCCUUGAGGGAUCCACGGCCUGUUGUGUUUGUUCGUUCAUGUAGUCCAGUGUGUCAUUGAGGGAGAGUCAGGGAGAGGAAGCGUGACAGCAGCCAUACUGGAUGAAUAAUGCAGGGAGGAGAGAAAGGGGAUGCAGAAAAAGAUAGGAAUUAAAAGGUCUGAUGUGUGAUUGAACCGCGGUGCGUUGUGCCACCACAUGGCAUGUCCCUCAAUUGCUUGUGGAGAUAAAAGCUUUUUUUUAAGCCAGCGCUGAAGCUGCAAAGACAAAGCCAAGCUGUCAUGGUUCACAUUGUUUAUCUGUUCUGGUGUGACGUCCAGGAGUGUGUUUGGACUUUUUCUAAAAUGGGUUGCUCAAGUCAUAGUUUUUACGUCACAUUUCACACUACAGGAACUGUCCCCAGCAGAUAAGAAAGGCCUCCUACUGCUACAGGCAACAGAGUAGGUGUUUCAAAACUCAAUUAUGGAUAUAUCAGUCAAGUCAGCCAUGCCUCUGAUUUGCCAAUAUUGUAACCUUGGCAACUUUGAAACGAUUGCGUUACAACCACGGGGGCCCAAGCUAUCAAGCCCCACCCCUAACAAGGCAAAUAUCCGAUCAUAUUUUAAAGGGAUAUUCCGGCAUAAAUUAAUUUAGGGUCGAAAGCACCGUAACACCGACUUGAGAGAUGAAUGUUGCUGACCGCUUCCUUCUCAAGUUAUACCAACUUUAGUAACGACCACAGGAUAGCAACACACAGUGGUCUGAGGAGCCAUAAACAAACCUCAACAAAAACACCACUCUAUAGCCACAAAUAAUGCUCAGAACAGCACCUAACUUCAUCAACAGUACAUAAAGGGUCCCAGCCACAGCACUAGCCACCAAACAUCUUUUUAGCUUUGCCUAAUUUCUUUAGCAAAGAGACUAAACACAACUCACCUACUCUCUUCCAGCAGCCGCUUGUUUGUAGUGAGACCUCGGGCCAGUCCAUUAUGGACCGCAGCAGCGUGACGCAGCUCAAGGAAGAACAUUUAUGAUUAUUUCUUUAUCAUUUCCUUGAAGUAAUAAUCAUCAUAAUAAUGAUUUUGCACUACAAACGUGGUAGUUCUUCUGCCUUUGCGUCUCGGUCUGAUUACAUUUCCAUGACGAAAUGAUUGAACAUUUAUGAUUGUUUAUGGCUCCUCAGAUCACUGUGUAUUGCUAUCAUGCGGUCGUUACUAAAGUUGGUAUAACUAGAAAAGCAAGCGGUCGGCAACAUUCAUCUCAACAUUCAGGGGGUGUCUAACUCGGUGUUACGGUGUGUUUGACCCUAACCUAAUUUACGCCGGAAUAUCCCUUUAAGAUUGUAGGUUGGCAUCUAGGGUGGCUAAUCAGAUUUCAAGGGGGUCUAGACCUACCCUGGCGUGCUUUCUGGACACACCCCUGCUGAAGUUACAAUCAGGAUGGAAAGCACCAGUGUUUCAAACUUACUGAGAUUAUGCCUAAUUAUGACAAAUCUGUAACUGAAUUUUUAAAGGAUUAAGCCAAUUGCUCUGUUGUAUCCGUGACCUCAGAAAACACUGUGUAUGAAUUCACAGGAAGCUGUCUGGGAGAAUAACCAUCUUCAUAAUAAUAUUCUGAGAAAAUUGCAGAGAAAAGAUGUGUGUAUAGUUCAUGAACGGCGAGCAGACUGAAAGAAGCUCCAGAGGGGUUGUUUUUAUGUGAUGUAAGACAGACAGAAAUAGAGAGAGAGAGAGCAAGAGGGAAAGAGAGCUCAAGAGGUGUUCUUUCUUUUGUUUUGUUUCGCUCUGUCUGUUCCGUCUGACACGUUUGAUCACACUCAGUUUUACUUUGCUGAACUUGGUGACAAAGAUAUUUUAGUCUCCGCUGCCUCUCCUUUGAUGGGUUUUCUCGAAAUGUUAAUGUAGUGUCUUCAAAAGUCAUAAACCGUUUUCAAAAGUCAUAAUUAUAUAAUCUUGACUGCAAAAAAAGAAUAUCGACAGCACUGUCUCUGUUGGGUCAUUAAGGAGCGCCCAGAAUUGCACAAAUCUCUAGCAUAUAUUUUUGUUCUUUUCAUAUCUUACUCAUUCACUGCUUUCCACGUAUUAAACCGUUUCAGAAUUGUGCAUCAUGUACCCCUGCCUCCUCCUUCAUCCUAAAGUCCAACUCAUGACGCAUCGUCCUCCAAUGACAUUCAAGCUCAGUGAGUUUUGCUGCUUCACGCAGUUUGCUCUUGUGUUGUGUCUCAAUUGUAGAUGAGCUGUCAGCAUCUCCCCUCGGAGCUGUGCAGAGCAGCCCUGAACAUCAUCCGCCUCAUGGAGCUCAAAUCUGUCCAGGCACAGAUGAAGAGCUUACAGGGGAGCUGACACUUUUUAACAGUGUUUAGCAAAGUUGUUUCACAGAUUUUACAGCUAAGUGAUAAGAGGCUUGGACCCUAACAAGGCUGCACAGCUGGAUAAAAGUAUUUUCAAUCUCAUUUCUGUCGCACAACAGAUUCAGACAUAAGGAAAAGUGUGUCUGUGUUGGACAAAAGUGCCUCACAAUCAGCCACCUCUUGACCAAUUUAACACAUGGCCCCUGUAGUGAGGUGAGUCAUGCCUCUUUGUUGUUCUGCAUGUGCAGUUUUCUGAGCGAAAAUAUUCCUGUCAGUCUACAAAGCGCUCACUGCGAACCUUUAAAAUGGAAAAAUGUCACAGAGACACUUGAAGUCAGACACCCACCUGUCUGCAGCAGAUACAGGCACUGAAAUAACGUCAGGAUGGGGUCAUGUCUCACCCACAGACUUUAUAAAACAUGGAUGUAGCCCCGGUGAGGCUAUUUGUUUCGGAUGCAGAGUUUUGAAGCCCAUGGAUGAUGGCUGGAAAUGCUUACUGAGCCUGUCAUUUGGUCAAGAGGAAAAGAGAUCUCCAGCCUCCUCACUGAUAGCUACAGUGUGUCUGCUGUACACCCAAAAAUCUCAUUACCUUAAAACUCCUGAGGAUUUUUCUCAUCUGAACACGUCUACUAGGUGCAAAAACUGCAACUAUUCUAUUAAUCAGACCCUCCAUUUUUCCCUCUGUGGGGAUUAUAUGACUAAUAGUUUAUUGCCCAAUUGUAAAUUUGCAUCCAUAAUGUGUGAUGCACGACUAAUAGUGCCAUCACAUGACUGUUUUUGUUUGGUUGUGCGUCAUGUUGAGAAUAGUUCCACACUCUGCUGUAAAGUGCUCAUUUGGACACUACAGUGUGCUCUGGUAGUCAUGAGGGAGCAAUAUCACACAAAGCCCUGAUGACCUGAAAAUUGCUCAUUUCCUGUAGCUGCUUCACAAUAAUCCUCCCUGUGGUUCAUAAAUUAUGUGGAGCAGCAGCAGCAGUGAUGUUACAAAUACAGCUCCAAUAAAGCUGCGGGACAGUGACUGGUGAGGGCUGAACAAAUACAAUAAUGUACUGUUUAUUUCUUGCAACUCUGAAAUGUUUUUUUUUUUUUUUUUCCUGAAUGUCUGGAUUGUUCACCUGUCAUCUGCAGAUUUUUGUCUCAUCUCUCAUUUCAAACAGAGAAAUUACAAAUCUUAGAAAAGCUCUAGUUCCGUUCUCAGGUGCCUGAAUGUCUUGUGCCUUUUGCUUGAACUUGCGUCAUCUAGUGCAAAAUAAGUGAGUUGCUGAAUGAGAGAAAAGAGGGAGCUGUGACUGUGAGCAGAACAGAAAGAUUGUCCGCAGGUUUAUAUUUAACAUGAUGUUCAGGGUCAGACUCAAGCCAUCAUUCCUGGAACACCUCAGUCCACUGACUGUAACACCUGCACCUCCAGCUCGUCCUUUGGGUAAUACAGUAUGUUCUGCUUUGUCUGGGGAAAAAAGGCAGACUCUGGGCUUACAUGAUAUGAUUUUUGCCCAAGAAGUUCAAAAUUAUUUUCUCCAGUAAUUUUUGGGGCUUUUUCUCACCUUAUUUGAAGAAGACAAAUAAAGCAGAAUACGAGGAAAGAAAGCAUGAGUGACACGGGGGAAAAGGGGCCACAGGCAGGAAUCAAAUCUCUUGGUAAAAGAGCCUCUGUUCACAGGACAUAUACACACGACUUUUUGACCUGGAAAAUUUCUAGAAAUAUCAGGAUAGACAUGCCGAAUUUUUUUUAGAGAUUCAUACUCACAUGAACAAACCAUGGUAUCCAGGAUAGCUGGCGAGUAUCACACUAUGGUGACAGUUUUUUGACUUUAUAUGUAUGCAGUCAAUCUUACUUGUAAUUCACAGCAUGUAUUAAUGAAUUAAAGAUAACAUACUGGUGAGCAAAGAAGAGUCUGAAGUGUCUAUGAAGAUCAAACCAAUCACACUGUAACUUAGCUGUGUCCCGACAAGAUAUUGAUAUUCGAUAUUGGUCUUAUAUCUUAAAAAAAUCGAAUAUCGGAUUAUAUCAGCAAAAAAUCUAAAAUCUCCAACAUCAGCACUCUGAUACAAUCAGUCCAUUCUAGACUCCAAUCCAGCACCUCUAUCUUGCAGCACCCAUAUCCAGCAAGCAGAGCCCACAUGAUCAUUACAUCAAUGUGUACUAAGGUACUAACAAAGUAGCAUGGAGUAGGAGUGAGGUCGGCCCUGUAGCAGUAUUUCUCAUUUAAGUCCGAAAACGACGUUGCAGCUGAGUAAAUAUCUUGUCAUGCACAAGUUUGCGCUAAUAUCGGAUCAAUAUCGGUAUCAGCCAAUAUUGAAGGCUACAAUAUCGGACACCCCUACUGUAACUUGAUAUAUAGUUCAACAUGCCAGAUCACUGGCCAGUUGUGCGUUUUCUUCACUUCAUCUUUGACAGGUAACUUCUUGUGAAAAUUUUUAGGAUGUUACCAGGAAAUUGUCGUGGCAGAAUUUAGAUAAAAUUUUGUCUGCUUUUGUACACAAAAGCAGCUCCAGCCUCCAAAACUUUUGGCCUCCCAUUAAGAGAGCAAGAAGCCUGUUUUUAACUGGUGUAACUGAAGCUGUGCUAGAUGUCUCGUGGAUCUCUGUGUUCAGCAGCUGAAGGCUUCGUCACCUUGUCACUGCUGCUAUGCUGUGAUUUUCUCCCUGUCUUUCAGAGCUCCUUCAUCUCUAGUCAUUUCUGUUUCUCACUUUUCAUUUGUGUCAUUUCAUCCAUCCAUCCUUCAGCUCGCUGCUCAGUUUUUGUGCCUGUGUGUGUGUUUGACCUUGCUGGUACCGGCAGCUCAAUAACUGUCAGCCAAUCAGCAUAAAAGUCUCUGUAAUAUAUGGUGCCCUGGUUAAAUCAUGUUUUUUAUCUUCUGAUUUAUGUAUUUCUUCAUUUGUCAGGUUUGAAAACACCUAUUUUUCUAAUGUGAUUUGUCUGAUUAUUGACACAAUUCAUGUGCAUCUCCUCUACAUGCUUAUGUUUUCUGAAAGUACAGACUUUGAUGACUGCACCAUAAAAAGCUGUGUCUAUUUCCUUAGCUUGGUUAGGAUUUUACAGGCUUUCUCCUAUUUCUUCCUCCCUAUUUUAUGCCACCAUCAUGUUAAACUGUGUAAAGAUUUUAUGCUCAAUUCAUGUGUCUCUGAGAGGUCUGCUGACCCAAGUAGACUCAGGGAUUUACAACCUCAGCCAGCCCCUGGGGAAAUGAGGUAAAAGUGAGAGGUGAAUUUUUCAGCAGCAACAUGUGCUGAGGGAACAUGACUCCACAUGUGGAUGAUUUAUCAUUUAUAAUUUUUCUGAUUUCUUUUCCAAAGGCCUUGAGAAUGCACAAAAAUCAAUAAUUUUUAUACAUGAGAGGUUUGCUGGACAUGUUUCCUGAUGAGGCCAAUCAGUCAAACGUGAUCUACUUUCACAGUCUGCAUUAAAUAAUGUUUUUAUUUUAUUAUUUGUAGCUCAGAUUUCAGAGUGAGAAGUGUUCUGGUUUCUAUGAUUUUAUGUACAGGAAUCUCAGCUCCUAAUUUGACAAUAUUUUGAUCAUCUUACCUAACAGAUAACUACAUGCAAGUACAGUUAGCAAAUAGUUCAAAAUCAAACACUUUAACUUGAACGACAAAUGUCUUCAACGCUGUCUGCAAUCAUUGUUUACGAUUUCUGACUUCCUCAAAUGCAACAAAAACAUUCAAUCAGAACUCUGCAAAAUAUGCAAAAAUUUCAGAGUUUGUUUUCCCCCCACCUUUUAAGACAAACCUGACAAAGUCUGUACUUUCACUUUUCAAAUCAUGAUGUUAUUUCAGCACAUGUAUGAACCACUGAUUGCAGGUAAAACUAGAAAAAAUUCUUCUUUUGGGUCUCAUUUUACUGAUUUAAACCAUGGUCAAGUUGGUGUAACUUACUAUUUACAGUGAAGCUGAGACUCACCAUAAACUAGCUUGGCUGUAAACAAUGCAGCGCCCAGAUAAUGGCUGGAAAUAAUUCAUUGUUUGUGUCUGUUUAUUAAAGCCAUUAAAGUCUGCUCUCACUAUGUAGGUAUAGGAUGAUAAUAACAUUAAUUACAUGAUGUUUUUUUUCUGUUUUUCUGCAGCCCAGGCUCUUAAUUGACAGGAUAAAAACAGGCUGCGCAUUUAAUUAAAGAUGAAUGCUUAGUCUAUAAUGAGAAGUCAAGAGGACAGUAGUUUGAAUCCUGAACAGUGUUUCUUUGUGUGAGAAUUCUUAUGCUAAACCUUCAGGAACACUGAUAACAAAAAAUCAUUAUGAAGACACUAAAAGUGGUUGUUUGCAAAGUUCUGUACACUUACAGCCAACUUGUCAUACUCUCUAGACAGUGAUGUAAUUUUCCCUGAGAUCACACCAAUGUCGGCAAUCUUCCUUUUUCCUGUGUGACACUGAAGCAACAUGUGUCACCAGCAGAUAUCUACCCACACACCCAUAUGUUCUCCCUAACGUUCGACGAUUAUCAAGCUGUUCACAUAACAAUGACUUGAUUUCUUAAUGUUACAUCUCAACCAUGAUCCCUUUUCAAUGACCAAUAAUUUCUUUAACUGUAAAAUAAACUUGAAAUAAAACUGGGGGACAUAUUUAACCAUUUUAUUAUUUUAACAACACUCUGCAAAUGUCUAGUAACUGGGAAGUCCAAUUUCUGGGCUUUUGAAAUGACAGUUUCUCAAUCCUGCCAGAUUCAGGAUUUUAGCUGCUUAGUAUUUUGUGUCAUUUGUUGCAUUUUUGAUUUCAUGAUACUCACUAUUCUCAGUGAGUCACAAGUCAGCACCUUAGACAGGCAAUACAUCAGGUACUAAGUACAGAAUGUGGUUUGCCAUUGUCCUGCUGAAAUAUGCAAAGUCCCCCAUGAAAAAUUCAUGGUCUCAAUGGCAUAACAUGUUACUGUAUAUAUCAUGUCGCAUAAAGACAUCCUCCCAGUUGUGUAAGCUAUCUAUGCCGUGGGCAGUUAUGCAUUCCUAUACCAUCAAGGAUGGUGGCUUUUGUGUGCUGACAACACGCUGGAUGGACCCUAGAAGGCAUAUUCCGGCGUAAAAUUAAGUAACGAUCAAACAUACUGCAACACCGAGUUAGACACCCCGUCAAGAGAUGAAAGUACUUUAUCAUUUCCUUGAAGUAAUAAUCACCAUAUUAAUCAUUUUGCACUGCAGACGCGGUAGUUCUUCUGCCUAAUGAUCAUAAAUGUUCUUCUUUGAGCUGUGUCACCCCCCAGCAGUCGAUGGACUCGCCUGUAGGUCUCCGUACAUACAAGUGGCUGCUGGAAGCGAGUGGGUGAGUUGUGUUUUGUCUCUUUGUUAAAGAAAUCAGGCAAAGCUAAAAAGAUGUUUCGUGGCUAGUACUUUGGCUGGGACCCUAUAUGUACUGUUGAUGAAGGUGCUGUUCUGAGCAUUAUUUGUGGCUAUAGAGUGGCGUUUGGCUUGAGCGUGUGGCUCUGUGUAUUGCUUUCUGCGGUCGUUACUAAAGUUGGUAUAACUAGAGAAGCAAGCGGUCGGCAACAUUCAUCUCUUGACGGGGUGUCUAACUUGGUGUUACGGUGUGUUUGACCCUAACUUAAUUUUACACCGGAAUAUCCCUUUAAGUGUUGGGGAUGGGACAAUCAUCAUUUCCAAAUGGAAUGUCUCAUUAAGACAAAGGUUAUCUUGAGUUGUCUCAAACGAGCUCAGGCCAAAACAAGUUGCAGAAAUUUCCGGAUCAUGAUUGAUUGUGGUUUCCUAUUUCUAUGUUGUAGUUUUAGCCUGCAUUUGCAAAGGGUGUGGAGCCCAAGCAGCGAUUUCCACCACAGAGUCAUGUCUGUUUUUAAUGCUGUGCUGUCUCAGAGCUCAGAGAUCCUUAGUGGUUUUUGGCCUUUGUAGCUUUUGUUUGAGAUUUCUCGAGAUUCUUUAAAUCUUAUGAAUAUUAUGAAAUUCAGAUGAUACUGUAAGUGGGGAAGAUUGUUAAGGGAUUGUUGAACUAUUGGCUCACACAGUCUCUCACAGAGUCUCAGCCUCUCUGAAACGACCUUUUGGACCAACCUGCUGCAGUUUUUUUUUAAAAACUGGUCGUGAUCCUCCAUAAGGUUUUUUGUUGUCAUUUGUUGCUUGUAAAAUGACUGUAUGUAAAUGUUUUUAUGAAGCAAUAAGAUUUUCCAGCAUCAACAUUUGAUUCGAGGUCUUUGCACUAUUUUCAUUUAUUGUUGGGGUUUAAAUGAUCUAAAAACUGCUUGGAUCAACAUUUUACACAGUAUUGAAACAGGGAUGUCUAAUGAUUACUGACACCUUUGUAUUUGUAAGCCACAAGGUUAUGAGUCCUUCUCGAUACCUCCUUCCUUGUGGAGCAAAUUUAACCCAGCGUGGACCUGAGAUCCAGACAUCAAUCUGCCAUCUAUCGAGCUUCCUCUGAACCCUUUGACCACUAGGACAGAGAGAGAUCUGAUUAACUUAGCAGUAAUGUACCAGAGUGUGCACGACAUGUGGUGAAAAAUAGAGCCAAAGUAAUGGCUCAAUUUGUGCUGCGCAAACUAACUUUAUCAGCAGGUUGGCCGGAGGGGAAGGAAUAGAGAUGAAGCAGACUGAUAAAAAAUAACAAGAGAGAGAGGAGAAAUGGAGGGAGAGAAGAGAGGUCAUCAGUCCUCUGGAGGUGCAUAGAUUCGCUCUGUCAAUAAUGUAAAGAAAGAGAGAGAGGAGAGAAGAAAGGACGUCAGAGACAGGAGGAGGGCGAGCUGGAAACAGGGCGAUGGGAAGCAGGAGGAGGGACUGAGUGAGAUGUAGAGAAGGCCACAGAGAAACCACAAGGCUCCAGCCUCUCAUCGACCACCCCCCCCCCCUCUUCUCCUUCACUUCAGCAUAAUUCAAUUCAUGCAGCUUUAUUGACACAACAAGACUCCUCUUUCUGUUCAUUAACAAGCGUGAGGGUGCGAAACAGAAAAUCAAUGUGUCUCUACCAACACCACACAGAUAAACAAAAACCAGAGCAGGCCGCAAACAAAACUGAUCUCCAAAAAGGUCUGUUUAAAAGCCAGUCUGCGGUACAAUAUUGAUCCCUAAAAAAAUAGAUCCUGCGGCAAACUAGGAACUCAGAUUGUUAAAACGUACAGUCACCGUGGAGGAGUGUAAGAAGUCUGUCUGAUGAAAACCUCUCACUGCAUCAAUAUUUAUGCACACAGGGUUUUGUAUUCACACGGAGUCCUCUAAACGGUUUCCGCUCGAUGCCUCACAUGGGAAAGUAAAAUGUACAGUUGUGAAGGUUAUUACAGGUGCAAGGUUUUCCUCAAUUCACAUGUCAUCAAGGCACAUCGCCAUGGAUACCAUUAGCUCAAAUACACCAUUGGUCUUCUUUACCUUAAAGACAUCUAUUAAUAUAUCGAGGAUUAUUCGAGAGUGCACAUUUUAUGGAACAGUGGAGCAGAUUACAGAGAAAUAAUAAGUGAAAAUACAGAAGAAGGAGAGAUUAUUCUUUCUCUCCAAAUCUAUAAUAUGAAUUUACACACUUAAUACAAAGUGUCCUCAAGAACACCCUCACAGUUUCUCUGCAGGAAUCAUUAUCGCUUCAUUUCAUUUGAAAAAUAGCAGAUUAAUUGGCCGCUGCAGAGGUGGGAGAACUCUUUCUCUGUUUCCCUUGGGGUAUCAAUUCAUUCACUGUCACAAAAAGCUGUCUGCAAGAUGAUUGCUUUUUCUGCUAUGCUAUUCAACUUCUGUCCACCGUAAUUUACAGAACAGACAGAAAAACACACAAACAUACACCUGUGCAACAUUUUUUUUUUUUGCAUGUUACAGUUGAGAAAACACCAGCAGUGUUUGUUGAUAGCACUUCCUUCCUUCGCCAUCUGGUUUAAAGGGGAUUCCUGCAGAUCUGAUAAUCUGAGUUUAACACUGUCCAAAACACAAGAGUGAACUUUCUCUGUUACAGUUACUUGUUACAGCGGCUCAGUUCUUUAAAAGUUUUAGCUUUGGGGUUGGGCUGGACGAUAAAACAAUAACAAUACAUAUUGAAAAUUAAUUUCCCUCAAUAUCAAUAUAAAACAUGAUAAAUAUGCUUUUCAAUAGCUGGCAUUCUGCCAUGUUUUGGUAGACUAUAUGAAUCGCUAAUGAAAAGUGGAGUUGCUCCAGGUCCGCUUCGAGCUGAACCAAUCAUGUACUGAAUUAAAACCAAGUAGUAAACAACUGUGUAGUAACAGGCUGCAGCUACACACAACCAUAGCACUUAAACAAGUGAAGCUGACAGCACUGUCGGUGAGAAAAGAAGAAAAUGACAGAAAUGCAGAUGAAGGCUCAACAGAUGGCAACAUUGUCGACAACACCGGCACGAAAAUGUCAGUGGUGUGGAGAUAUUUUGGUUUAUUGAGGUCGGACGUGAAGCAGAGUAAAUUGGCACUGCAAAUUAUGUCGAGUACAUAUUCUCACAAAGUCGGGGAAUACCUCAAAUCUUUUUCACCACCUGAAGCAGUACCACGCGGCAGAGUAUGUGCAAUGCAAAAGAUUACAAACCCCUAGUGGAGCAUGGAACCCAUGGCGCCUGUGCAGCUGAAACAGCCGACCAUUCAGUUUGCUUUCUCCAGCACAACAGCUUACAACAAAACGUCAAAGAGACACAAAGACCUCACAGAUGCAGUAGCUUAUUGUAUUGCAAAAGACAUGUUACCAAUAAGCAAUGUUACAUUUCAUUUUUAUAUCGUGAUAUAUAUCGAUACUGACUGAUAUGAAGAAAAUAUAUUGUGAUAAACUUUUUCCCAUAUCGCCCAGCCCUACUUUGGGGUUCUUAAGAGUUUAUCUAGAAAGAAAAGGAUACUUAUGAAUAUUCAAAUGAGAAGACACAAAGUGAGCUUCAUUGUUCCACUCCAGGUAAUAAACAGGGAUUAAUUUUGAAGACAGCCAAUCAAUGCAGCACCAGUUCAUAUGUGUGUUCCUGCAUAUCAGUAACUUGACAGUGACAGAAGGUGUGCUUGUUAAUUCUUUGCUCCAUUGGUCUUGAAAUCCGUUAAUAACUUCCUGCUGUCUUUCUCCUGUCUGUCUCAGCUCAUACACCUCACUGCUUUGUCUUUUUCUCUGAUAAUGUCGUGUCCAAAGUGACAUUUUCUCUCCCUCCCCAGAUCCCCUGUGUGCACAGCUCUGCUCACUGUGAAGCUCCUAACCAGCAGCAUGAAACCGCAUGCACCUGUUAGAGUCAUACUCACCUGUUGGAUUCAUUUCUUUGAGUCUUACUGCUAAUGAAAGCCUGAUAGGUGACCAAACACGAAAGCAAAUGUGGUCCACCCUGUUAAACUGCAGUGCCAAAUCCUCAAGUAUCAUCAGCUGUAGGCUUUUCUUACCGCCUGACAGUCCUCUAAACCCGGGCUGACAGUUCAUGUCUUUAUCUGUGUGUGUCCACCAGGAGGGCGACUCUCUCGGGGCGAUGGAGAAGGUUUGUCGUCAGCUGACUUAUCACCUGAGCCCACACUCCCAGUGGAGGAGACAAGGUCUGCUCAAGAGGAAACCCCAGGCCUGGUGAGUAACUCUGCAUAUGUGUGUGCAUGAGCGAUGGUACAGUGUGUACCAUCUGAUUUCGUUAGCAUCUCAGUGUGUCAGCAGUGUGUCAUCAUCUGCUGCCCCUUUGGAUGCCAUGGAAAAAUCUACUGGAGUCUCAGUGUUGUUAUUUUCCCACACAGUCAUGUUCACAGUUUGAGACAGAAAGCCUUUUGUGCCAACUCAGUGUCUCUUUUCCCCCUUUCAAGCAUAAAUUAAUGCCUACGUUUUUUUUUUUUUUCCAGUGGAUGUCAAUGUGACUUUUAGUCCAGCAUCUAAACAUUGCUGUAUUUGGAGCUGCAUCUCGGAGCCUUGGCUGUAAUUUCAUCAACUUUGCAUUGUAACAGCUGCCUUUUCUGCUCUUCCUCUUUGCAGGCACAUUAUGUAAAAAGCCUCAGCCGCCAAAGGAGCAUAAAAAUUUGCAUCAGUUUGAUAUAGAUAAGUGUUACAGGAUAUGCAGAUCAGUCAUGAAAAGCAACCUUAAACAGCUAAUCCAUAUGUGUCUGCUAUGUAAGGUACACAGAGGAAGGAGUUACCCUCAGGCUUGUGAAAGCUGCAUCACUAAGUACAUCACAUUCACAAGGCAAAGCAAACGAAUCAGUUCAGGAGUCAUUAAUGAUAGUGUAAGUGUAAGGACACAAGAUCCUUCCUAUCUCUGCUGUGGAGCUCAUAUAGUCGAGGAAAUGACCAGUAAACAAAACACAACAACAUCGUGUAGAAAAAUUUUAAAACUUAAUGCAGCCAUUAAAAAAAAUAUCUACGAGACCAGGACAGUGAUUUGGUAAAAGGUAACUUGCAUAGCUCUUUAUUUGAUCAUAUGGUGAAUUUUGUCGGAAAAGAGUUGUCCUGAAUGUAGAUGGCUGCAGGUGCGCUCUAAUAAUCCAUCCUCCUGUCUUAUUCAAUUGAGGGUCUGCAGUGUUUUUAGUUUCAUCUUUCAAGGUUGGAGAAAUUCUUGGGACUUCACCAGUGGGGUGCUGAAAAAGUAGGAUGGUAGAGUUUGGUUAGUUACGUUGUCUUUCUCAAUAGAAACACUCAUAAUUGUUCACCCUGCAAAUUGAACCAGACUGCGUGGUUUAAGUGCAACUUUAUAUGCAGUCAGUGCAGCAGUUGAGUCACCAAAACCCACAUUAAUAUGUGCCCCAAGUCUGGGUCUGAGACACCAGAGAUGAACAUGAGUCAAGGCCAAGUUAAGUCCGAGUUACAUCAGAUUCUAUCUUUUUCUGUCGGUGCAUCUGGACUUUAGAAUUAUCAACAAGAUUGAAGCGCUGUGUGGUGUGCAGAAAUGUGCUCUGCUUUCUUUAAUGACAGAACAGACUCAUUGUUUCUGACGCAGUGGGAUCUCUGCAUGUGUCAACAGUUUGAAAAAUAUUUGUGAUUAUGAUUGUUGCCAUAAUUGAGUAGCGUAUACAGUUCAAAACAGCCAUGAGAUAUGAACUUGUUUGGACUUCAGAUACUUCAGUGUUGAGCCAAAAGAGGAUUUGAUGUUGAAUUGAUGCUCUGCAGGUGUUCUUAUUAGGUUUUAUUGUACCAUGAGACGGUUCUUCAAAGAGAGAGCAGAAAAUCGAAAUAUAACAACAUGAUGAAAGAAUUACACACAAUAGAUUUUAUUCUGAAGGGAUGAAAUGACUUUCUCUAUUUUGGCUCGCCUCGGUUGUGAACCUGAUCCCUGUGUGACGCAGCACAACACAAUUUAUCUCCAGCACUGUGAUAAGUGCGUCCUGGUGGGAACAGAUGGCAGAAAAAGUGUCAGUGUAGCAGGAAUCCCACUGCUGUGUGAAUGUAGGAGCAGCGAGAAGUGAAAAUCUCUCUUUCUCGGUUGUUAGAGUGAAUUUCAGGUGCCACCUCCUCUGAGAAACAGUUUGUCGACACAGUGAGGUGAAGGGAAAAAAUACCUUCUCAAUGUAGACCCGCAGAUCGAGUCCCUGCAGGGUGUGUUUGGGUGUUUGUCGCAGAUACAGAAAGAUUGUUGUUAAAGCAGCAACUCACUUCUAAUGCUAUUAGAGACGGCUGCAGAUGAAAAUGAAAUACACAGAGUAAUUAUCUUAAGUAAUUCUGUAGAUGUGGAAGGGAUUUAAUCAUCUGUGUGCUGCAGUCAGCACUUCAGGCUGUCAUGAACUCCAGUCAGAGCGGUUUGUCAGAAAGGAGACAGGCCACUUACUGUGAGGCCCCGGGGCAAAGGAGCAGAUUGAAUCAUCUUUUUACAUGGAGGACACACUGACACACACGCACAUGCACACACACACACACACACACACACACACACACACACUCAUAUGCGCGCAUGGAUACAUUAGGACAGACUCUUCCGGAGUUUUCCCCUGAAAAUUUUACCAGAUUUCUUGAAACUUUUAUUUCAUUUUAAACUGAAUUUUUUUGGGCAUGUUUACCUAUUAGAGAUUAUUAUUACCUAUAAACUGGGGAAAGACAUGCACCAAAGGGCCGUGGCCGGGAGUCAAACCAGCAACCACUGGAAUUAAGACCAGAGCCUCAGUACAUGGGGCGCAUUUAGGCCAUUGGUCAUAGGUUCACCCAAUAAGCUCCCAACACAAACCGUAAACAGUUAAAGCUCCUUAGAGGAGUUUUGUUUGGUUAUGAAUCAGACUGAAAUAGAUACUGAUGCUUUUUUAUGAUCCACAAAAGCAAAAAACGCUAUCAGAAUUAAGACAGAUUACUUUUAAGAGUUGCUUUUAAUGCCUGAAAAUCCUAUGCAAAAUGUCAAGAGAUGAGGCGAAUGUAUCAGAGCUUGAGCGCAGAAAGGAACCGAAGAGAUAAAAGGACGAGUGUUAAACAAAGAUUCAAAAAGAUUCAAAAUUGUGUUUGACUGUUUUUUUAUUUUUCAGGAUAAUAUAAAACAUAAAUAUGUAUAUUGUAGUUGUGGUAAUUCUUGAUUUUUGAAGUUGGAAGCAGGUGUCACCCUGUAAAAAAUAUAGUGUCAAUCAUUUAAUAUACAGUCCCAGUCAAGUAGAUUUAAGAUGAUUUUAAAGCUCUUGUGAGGGUUUUUUGGUGUCAGUGAAAUGGACUGAAAUUCAUAUUAAGAAGGGUGGCCAUACGUCCUCUUUUACCUGGACAUGCCCUCUUUUGGGAGGCUGUCUGAGGUUUUGUAUGGAGGCCUGUUUCCGCCAGUAAAAAAAAUAAAUAAAUAAAAGAUAGGAUAAAAUGUCGGCUUUUUUUUUUACAUUUCGUUUGAGACAUAGUGUAAACUUAAGGGAAGUCGCCAGAAAUAAAAUAAAUAAAUAAAUAAAAAUACUUAGAAAAGCAUUCAAAAAGUGUUAGUGGUACAGUGGUAUAUAUUGGAGCGCUUGGGACUGUGAAGAUGCUCAAAUGUGGUUUCAAAUCUAGUUUAUAGAAGUGCACUGGAUGAAAGGUUUGAUGUGUUUCAGUUUGCACAGAGAACAUUAACUUAAAUUCAUAAGAUGAUCCUGUAAUAAAAACAUAUAACAUCACGACUAACUGUCAGUUUGACUGAAUGUAUAUCUGCAAAAAAAAUGUAGUUUGUGUGUGACUCAGCACUCUCUGUCCGGCUUCACUGUCUGAUUACAGCAGGAAUUAAAACAUGAGUCAUUAUUUUUAAAUAAUCUCUUUUAAAUGUUACACAAACAUCACCGCUGUCAACCGCUGAGCUGCCAAUUUCAUGACUCCGAUUUUUCAGCCUCGUGUGUUUGUUUAGAAAAUAGAUAAAGUCGUGUCAACACGAAGGAAGAAGUGACUUGAUUUUUUUGUUGGUGUGAGUCGAUUGUGUUGGGGAGAGGGGUGCGUCAUCUCUCUUUGCUGCUCUGCAUGUGCAGCUUUCUUUGGUAAAAAUAAUCUUUUCUGUCUGCUAAAUUUGGCCAAUGAAGCUGUUCCUGCAAAACUUAAUACAAAAAUGAAACCAAUUCAGGCACCUGUUUGCAGCAGUUACAGACACUGAAAUAACUUAGUGUCUGGGUUACAUCUCACCCACAGACUGUCUAGUACAUGGAUCAGGUCUUAGUUAUGUCAGAUUUUUUUUCUGGACAGGGUUAGUCACCCAGUCACCCAAGCUAAAUCUGUAAUCUUAAAAUCUUUGCAGGGAAUAGAUUUUAAAUAAUUCACUUUCAGUACAAUGUACGCAGAUAAACAAAUGAGCGAUCCAGACAAAAAAAAUUUUUUUUGAACCAGGCUUUAAACAUGUUUGAGUUUGGUUUGAAUGGGUGUGUAUGUGUUGACUGGUGCUUUUGCGGUCAGGUCCAAGUGGACACUCAGAGGAACUGCAGUUUUCAGCAUCUGCAUCAUUUCUUAAAUUCAGAGAUUGUGGUUUGGUCUAACCCUGUGGUGAUUCUAAUUUACUAUAAUGCUGACUAGUCAUCCAACUAAAGACACAAACAAAUAGGUAUGAGAUAUUGAUUUAGAUGAUUUCAUUAACUCUAAAAUGAUUGAUUUAUGCAGCUAGAAAUAACAGUCCCUGUGGUUUUGAAGUCAGUUCAUAUCAGGCUGUGUCUGUGAAAUUAAUAAAUAUUACACUAUACAUUUGAAUUCACGGUCAAUUUAUAACAUUAACCUGCUUUUCUGUUAUAAUUCUACAAAUUGAACAUUUGUAUUUUCAGUAAAAUUAGACGAGGUAUAUGGGACCUCUGUGGCAUUUCUGUCUUCAUUCGGCUCUCCCUCAUUUUACAGUUGAAACUCCCUAAACUAGGGUUAGACCAAUUACCUGCUUGACUGAUAUCUGUUAUAUGGUUAUGUCAGUCACAGGUGGCCAAUUAAAGUGAUGAACUGGCUUAUCCUCUGGUGCGUCUUUCCCUCUGAUGUCCGGCUUACAGACUUCUUAUGUCCCCUAGUUUACCCGACUAAAGACUAUCUGAUUGGUUUGAUGUCACAGAACUGAGGUUUCAUUCUUGUAUACGAUGUUGAAUGUUUCAGUUUUGAUUUGAUAUUUACUAAUUGUAAAUGCACUGCAGUUACAAAUACCACUGCAACAUUUAAAGUUGUAGCAAACAGCAAAAGUAAUGCUCCAUGAGCUCUGCAGUUGAUGCAUGGAUUGCAGGACAACAGGCCCGACUUGAGUGGUUUGAAAUGAUUUGAGUCAUCAGGUCAUCCCAGGGUCACUUUUGCUUGUGAGAACUUGUCAUUGUCAUUGAGUUUUGACCAAUCAAAAUGAAGUAUUUAUUACAGCUGGGCUAUAGUAAUAAUAAUCAGUCUCCUUCCUGACGGCGUCUUCUGCAUACUCCCCAAACAUCUCUGAACUUUCUUUACCAUAGAAUUUUUGUACGCUGUAAAACAAAUGUAAUGAAUUACGAAAUAAAACUGAACCUUUUGCAGAAGUAUUGCUAAAACUGCAGAGCCAACAUGAAGCCCUGAUCUAAACUUUAAUGAAAUGAGUCGUCAUCUCUGCCAAAGAAGGAGGGUUUUGUGUGUAAAAUGUAAAUCAACUGGCCGACAGUUUGUUAUUGUCCAUUCAAGGAGAGUGGUUCUGGUUGUGAACCACGUGCAGGAUUUAAGAGGCUCACUGUUAGUUGUCUGGCUUCUGAACAACAGCUCCUUUCAGUGCCCUCAGAGUCCACUCAGAGGUUUAAAUGAGGCGGCUGAACAUGCAGACCUCCUCUCAUCCCUUUUUAACAUCUGAGCUCGAAAACCCCAGCAGAGAAAACCGAGGAAAACAACGGGAGAGGAGAUUCGCCCAGAGAGUCUUCUUUUUUGCAGCAAAUGGAGGAGAUGUUUCCCCUUAAAAAGUGAUCAGCAGUAAUUUCCUGCCAGCUGUGUUUGAUUCGAGUUGUAUUUUAGGGUUUGAAGAAUAAGUGAGCAGGCAGGAAGGAGUGACCCAGUAACACAAUAUCGCACAGCAUUUAAAAAGAAGCUAAGAGUGUGUGGUUCAGUGUUUCUCUCAGCUGCUGAUGCUAGAGAUUACAUUAGACUAAGUUAAUACAGGGUAUACAUAUAAAGUGACAGACAGACAGAUAAGAUACGUAGAUGUCAUCGUCCAUUUAUCAGUGCUGUUCAACGGUCUGUUUUAUUGUCAUCACCAGCUCUGAGAUGGAAAUCUUUACAGAGAUAAGAAAGUCUCAUCCAAAGAAAAAAACAGUCUGAUUAUGUGAAUAUUAAUUUUAUUAGUACCUCUGAAGAGCUAAAUCGCAAUAGUCAUGUUUUUACUGCAGUUUGCCUUUAAAAGCUUUGUGAUGCAAAGUAAAGUGAAACAUUUCAGAGAACCAUUCUGCUUGCACAACAUUUAAGCACUUCUAAAUAAAUAAUUAAAGGUCCUUCAGUUCAGACUGUGAGGUUAAUAAAGUGGCUGGAGAGGCUCCAAUGCUGCUUUGACAGACUUUUAUUGGAGCAGCAAGCCAAAAAGCCUCAGCAGCCAAGAUGUUGACCAUCAACUGAGUAAAAAACUGCCUGUCUGUCUGUCCACCAUCUGGCUCUGAACCUGAUUCUGUCUGUCUGUCUGCCUGUUUGCCUCCUCGGGUGGUUUUAACAAAUGAAUGCUUCAUUUUCAUGUCUUACUUAGAGAAAAAUAUAAAGGCCUAGUUGAGUUUUUUCUUGACUCUGGAUUUCAGCUCAGAACUAGACACAAACACAUUCAAUCUCCACCUGAAAUAAGAACAAAUGACCUCCUCCUGUUAUCUGCCGUCGUCUGGCUCUGCCUGUCUGUCAGUGUGUCUGCCGCCUGCUGACCGGCUAGCUGUGGCUGCCUCACUGACAGAUUUAUUGGCUUCCUCCCACCUGAGCUCUGACAGCCUGCAGAGAGAAAGUCAAGUGUUGACUCAGGAUGUCUGAGCCGCCCCGCUUCAUUUCACCAGCAGGCAGAGCCGGGCGGGGACGAUAUCAGCUCUGAAAUGUAGUUAAAUGAUUUUUGGUCUGUGUAGGAUGAAGUGGCCAGUUAUGGUAAAUAUCAGAGAUAGGCUUGUUAUAUCUGAUAUUGGGAAAUGUUUCAUUCACUAAAAGGAUAUCAGAUAUCUAAAAUAUCUAAAAGGAAUCCCAGUCAGGUAGAGAAGCAGGUGCACUGUAUAUAUACUGUACGUAGGGAGUCACUGAUUAGCACACCAUCAUACAAGCAUAAUUUUACUCUCUCACUCUGUAAAAAAGGCUGUGGUUGAGGAGGUGUGAUGUUUUAUUGGUUGAUGAAGUCAGGGGGAAAGCAGCAUAUGUUGCUUCAAAACCUGAAUUUUUUCAGGAUUAGUGGCGCCUUUCCUGGGGGGUGAGAGCCACCUGUGCCAUAUGUGAACUUGGUAAGGGGUUGCCAUGGGCACCCUAGGCACCCUAGUACCAUCAGGGUUAUUGGCUUUUGAACUGAGUCCUAGCAACAAGCCUGGUGGUCCCUCUUCUCUUUGAGGCAGAGGAUGCAGCAUACAUGGUUUCCAAAAAUGAUGUCAGAUUUUGAUUUGUCAGACUACAGGACAGUUUUCAUUCAAGUCCAACUAAAAUGGGUUCAGGUUUAGAAAUGUUUCUGGAUCAUGAUCAUGUAUCAUUUCUUUUUCUUCUUUGCAUACAGUUAAAACCUGCUUUCCUCGAUGCAACAACAAACUCUGUUCACAGACUAUGUUUUUUGAUAGCUGAUUUUGAACCCAUGCAGUGAUUUCCACUCCAGAGUCAUGUUUGUUUUAAAUGCAGUGCUACAGUCUGACGAUCAUGGCUGUCCACUUUCAGUCAUUGCAUUUGUCCCUUUUGAUCAGAGAUUCUCCUGUUGUCUGUGUCAAAAUAUUAUGAAGAUUAUAAAGGAGAUUAUUUGCAGUUUUACUUUAAAACUGUUGAAUUAUUCUCUCAUGUCUCUCAUGUCUUUUUUGUACACAGUUGUGCUACUAACACGUUGCAAAAUAACCUCACUUAAAGAGAUAUAUCUCUGAGUUUUUCUUUUGCAUUACACAACCUUUUCAGUGUUUUGUCGUCCCUGUCCCAGCAGUUUGAAACACGCUGCUGGAAUCACAUCUUUAAUUAGCAUUUUAUCAUUUAAUAUGUUUUUUUUAGACUAUUUUGUAUAAAUUUAGGUUCCAAAUGAUUUUCAAAUUAUAAAACAAAAUGUGGUUUUAUCGACAUUUUAAACAGUCUCAACUCUAAUGGGACACACCACAUUAUGACUUACUAGAGAGAGGAUAAGACGAUAUAACGAAACAUAAAUAAUAACUGGCUUCUUAUAAAAAUUAAAAUGAUAGUAACAUAAAGUUUAAAUUUACUUAAUGUAUACAAUAAGGCUGAAAUAAUAAACUAUAGGUAUGAAUAAAUGUAAUUUUAAUGUAUCCUUAAAAUUAUUAGUUACUUUUCAUUGAGGUUAUUUUGAAGCUUUGUCCUUUAGAUUUCGUCUCCUUAUUUCAUUCCCCUUUCUCUGUUAUCUCCCUUCCUUAGUCAUUUUUUUUCUUAAUCUUCUUGAUGUUUCUAUCAAUAGACUUCAUAGUAAAAACGCUUCUCUUUCCUAAUAUGAAAGAAUAAAAUCUGCUGCUCUGGUCAGACUCUGUCGACAGCCCCCCAAUAAAAAGCCGGUGUGAUAAAAACUUGCUAAAACUGCAGCUCUGAUGAAGAUAACGUUUUUAAAAAGUGCCUGACCAGUAGAGCUCAGGAGAUUCAUUUUUGAGCACAGACUGAUUUUAAUAAAGCAAGCGAACGAACAGAUAACUCUGCUGUUUUUUGGUUCUGGACAUUUCAGCUGUCAGCGUGACUCAUCUGUUACAGCAUCUAAAUGUCUGUUGGCGAUUCGCUGCCAGAAUUCAUCAUCUUUAAAAUUGUUUGACUUUAAUUUCAAGCUUUUGCGACAGAAUUCAGACCAUCUCUCCACCCAUGCUUGAAUAAAUCUCAACUCAACACCUAGAAAACAGAGCAGCGUGAUUCAAUUGUUGCACAUAAAAAAACUUUUUAUCAGGUUAAAAGGAAACAAAAAGGAAAAGAACAGGCUUAUUUUUCAGCAUUUGUGACAGUCUUUUUUUUAGCUUUAACAUCCUUUCGUCUACUCUUUUGUCAUUUAUAUUUACACUAAAUCUUUCCUUGAGUCAUGGUUCUUGGUGCAAAGCUCUCUGUCUUGACUAAAUUUGCAGAAUUGUUUCAUUGAGCUUGAAUAAGACAGCUGAAUUUACACUCCACCUUUUUCCCUAAAAGCACAUUUUCCUUCAUCUGAAAACUCCUUUUUUAUCCCUCAGAUAAAAUACAGAUCACUUUUGAAGCUCAAAAUUAGUUGUUGUGGGAACUCUGAUUCUCUAAAGUUACUGCAGCUCUAACUAACAAUAGCGGGAAAAUGACGUGGUAAAAUUAAUCCUUAUCCAAAGCACUUGGAUCCAUUUCUUUUCUUUAAUCCAAUCUUUUGUUCUCUUUCCCAUGACUCGUCCUCUGAAUCAUCCUCUCUGCCCUUCAUCCUUAGGCCUGAAUGGUACACUCACCGAGCAGCCUGGUUACUCUCUGUAAAACUGAAACUAGCUUUGCAUUAAGUCUGAACACGCAGAGGAGUAAAGGUACAACAAUGAAGCACCUAAUAUGUCUGAAAUAUAUGAGGUAGUGAUAGGAUCUCAAGUGAUUCAGCAGACAUGAAACAGGAGGAAUGACUGUGACUUUGACAGAUAUUACAGAUCGGUUCUGACUGGACUCAGAAGUAAAAAUCUGUCAGUUGUUUUUACUUUUGUGAGUCCAGAUGGUGCGUUGUAGCACAUGUGUUUUAUUCACUGCUCCCUUCAUGCUUCAUGUAUCAAAAACCUCAAAAAUAACAGCAAGCUGUGGAUGGCCUUUUCUAAUACAACAGUGUGGUGCAUAAAGGGAGCAUCUGUUAAACGUCUGUCCCAGUUUCCAUUUAUGGACUGUUUCUUUUUCAGCUUUAACAGUUCACUUCACACUUCAACCUUUGCUGUCAUUAUGAGAGAGUAACCUUUUAAGUGUUUGACUCAGUUUGACAACGUAGCAUCUUGAGUGACCCUAAUCAGCUGUUUUAAUGUAACUUUGACCUCUGUGUAAAGACGUAACCCUCAGGUCAUCUGUUUGAGAGCACGCACUUUUCUGUUCAUUUUGUGUCUUACAGAGAUGCACAAUGAAGCAUUUGUUCAGUGUUUACCAUCUGAGGUUUUUAUCAAGGCCUCCCAUAGUGGCUGUGUCAAAGUUUUCUCUGUUUUAAGUGACCUAACAGUGUCCAGUUUCAACAAACACUUUGACAUCUACUUUAGCGCCUUGUUCAAGGCUUGUUUCAGGUACCCAUCUUGUUCCUAUAGAUAAACUCAACGGCAUCUGUUAAGUGUCUGACCUAAUACACAGAUGAUCUGUUUUUAAGUACCUGUAGUGGCUAUCAAAAUGCACACAUGGCCUUUGACUGGGCUUGUCCAUUCCAGUUUACUGAUUUCAUAUCUAGCCCACCUGAAGUAAGUAGCAUUACUUACCACCCGCCUUAAGGUGCCAUUUUCAGUCUGUUGUGAAAUGGCUAUAUCAAUAAAAUAUGUGCCACUGUUUCAGACUACACUCAAGUAAUCUGUAUUCAAGUGUCCUUUUGCACCCAUUUCACAGUGCCUAUUGAAUGUCUCACACAAAAGCACAAAGAAAAGUCUCCUGAGGUACCCCUAGAUUCUAUCCUAUGAAGACCUAAGUAGCUGUUUCUGUUUCAAGAAGCCCUGAAGCAGUCUGAUUUCCAGCCUACCCCUUGGUGUGCACAAGACAGCACCUGAUGAUGGUCUGUCCCAUGGUACCCUGAAAGGUCUGUUUCAAGUGCCCAAUGGAGAUGGUUUCAAGGAACCCUUAAUUAUCAGUUUUAACAUAUACCUUUAGCUCUCUGUCCAAGUUACAUUUUGUUAAAGGUUUCAGGGUUUGUUUCUACACAAGUCAUAUUCUAUACAAACAGUGUUACUCAUAAAGAGAGUAGCUUGAAAGUCAUCCAUCCUAAAAAGCAGCAUGCAGUCACAUGAUGCAUCAUAAUGAAGUUCAGAAAUUCAAAUGUGACCUUUACUGUGUGUCAAUGAUGUAAAGCUCUGAGCUCUACAAAGGUGCUUCUAGUGGCAUGGCUGAAUAUGAGUUUAUAAGGGCAGCUAAAUGAGAUUAAAAACAGGGCUGAUGUUUUGCAUCUCCAUCUCCAUCCUCCUCCACGAAACAACACCAUCAUUUGUUUGCGCAUCUAUAUGACUCAUGUUUAUUCACAUUAGACUAGUGACCUCUUGUAGCUGUGAAUAAUGGUUUUACCCACAGAGCUCCACUGCUGCCUGACACAGAUAAAGACACUCUGUACAGAGUAACUCUUGAGUGUUCCCAGUGUAUUUUGGUGGAUGAAUGGCUGAACAAAAGCCAACUGCUUCUGUCAGACUCGUGUUUUUUUCUCAUCACCAUUCAUCUGUCAAUAACUGAAGUUUGUCACAAUCUCAAGAUGCCUUUCCUCUCAGAAUUAUUUUGGCUUAAAGUCAUUUUUACAUGAGUUUGAUGUUCCUACGAAACAUAAAGUCCUCCUGGUUUCUUCUGCAGCUGAACAGUAGAAUGGCUGUAAGUAUGAGAAUAUGCAGCUUUUAAAGAUACACUAAUCAACUUUUGACUACAAGGAGGCAGGAAACCAAGCUGACAGAAAAGCAGCCGUUUUAUGUAACCCAUAAUACAAACUAGCUGUAAACUAAUACGCCAUCUAAUAAAGCUUGGUCUUGAAAUGACAAGUGCAUCUUUGUACACUUAGUUUUGGUCAGCUGUUCUGGUUGGGGGCAAAGAAUAAAGAGAGUCAAAGUUCACCUGAAGGGGUGUCUGGAUUCCAUGGAGGAGUGACGGAAACUUGAAUUUGUGAGAUUGGGGCUUUGGUUACCAUGUAAAACAAAGACAAGGUUGACUUCUUUCACUUAUUCAGCAUGUCUGGUGCUUACUCAUUAACAUAAUGAACAUCCAUACAUUUGAAGUGCAAGUGAUCACAGUUGGUUUCUUAGAAAUUUGUAUAUUUCCACACAAGUUUUUACACUUGGUUAGGAUGACCAUAUGUCUUCUUUUACCCGGACGUGUCAUCUUUUUGGGGGCUGUUUGGAGUUAAUAAAUUCCUUCAAAUGUCCAGGGUUUUGUAUGGAAGUUGUGAGUUUGUGUAGCGUGGACUAACUGAGUUAGAAGCGCAUAAAAAACACUCAACCCGACCUGAGAAACAAUGUUGUGCGCGACUCCGCCCCGCCAAGUAGUGUCCUCUUUUUUGGGAUUCAGAAUAUGGUCACCCUACACUUUGUUUGUAGCUCUGUAAAGUUAUUAAUUGCACCAAAACAUAGAAAAUAUAUCAUCUUAGUAAAACCAAACCAAAAUGCUUUUGUACUCUUCACUUCAUCAUAUAAUGAGAUGUGCUGGUUUAUGAUUGGUCUGCAAUAAAUUGAUCAGUGCAAUAAACGUGUUGUUAUAGUAUAACCUUGUGAAUUUGUGAAACAACUUACAACAACCAUAUCUAACUGUGUCAAAACACAUUGAAGAAAUCUAAUUGUAUCAUAUCCCAUCAUUCUGUAUCCAAUGGCACCAUAUUGUGUUGUUUCUUAUCAUCCAUCCAUUUUCUACCGCUUAUUCCCUGGAUGAGUUGGCAGUUCAUUGCAGGGCUGGCAUAUAGAGACGAACAACCAUCCACGCUCACAUUCACACCUACAGGCAAUUUGAGAGUGGCCAAUAAAUCUAACCCCACUUCUGCAUGUUUUUGGGCUGUGGGAGGAAACUGGAGUAAAUCCAUGCAGACACAGGGAGAACAUGCAAACUCCACACAGAAACGCCUUGACGCAGAUUUGAACCCAGAACCUUCUUGCUGUGAGGCAACAGUGCUAACCACUACACCACUGUGCCACCCUUGUUUCUUUCUUUUCUUUUCUUACCAUAUCAUAUCAUAUCGUAUUGCAUCGUAUCCUAACGUUUAGUUUUGUGUCAUUGUAUCAUUUCGUAUUGUUUCAUAUUGCUUUUAAAAGGGUAGACAAAGGGGUAAGAUAAAGGGGAAGGGGAAAGAGUGACCAUUGGGAUUGGCCCUCAACCAUACUCUGGUCCUUAGGUGUCUAAGAGACUGACAGGGAAAUCAUCAACAUGUUGCUGCUCGUUAGGAGUUGUUGAUGUUGCUGCUGGUGUGUCUUAACAGUGUGUUAUGUAUGAUUUUCUUCCUACUGUAGAGCUCCAGAGCUGCUCUUCUUCACCAAAGCUCCUCCUUUCUGAGUGAAGUCAGCCUAAUCAGUGUAAUUAGAUGCUGCUGAGGUGAUUAGAUUCAAAACCAGUCUGCAGCUCCUGAUGGAUCAUGAUUAGAUAAAACAUCACAGAAAAUGGUACGGUGAGGUCAUAGAUGUGUGGUUGUCAUGCAGACUGUAGAUUUUCUAAUCAAGUUCAUCUCUGAAAAGCUUUGUUCAAUAAAAUUUCUCCUGAAAUUUCCUGAAAACAUACAACUCUUCCUCCAGAACAUACAGAGACUGCUUGUUUUAGCAGCUAUCAAAACUGUUUUUACAAUCAACAGAGGGUCAGAGGCCAAAUGAUGGACUUUUUAGUUUAGCCUAACAGGUAUCGACUCUGCUGAUCUGGCCUGUAACUGUAAGGCAGACAUAACUCAGUCACAUCUUCUGUGCUAUCUUUGUAGACCUUGUUACGCAGGAGGAAGGAGAGAAUGUUUUUCUCACCCUCUCUGUCUCAGGAGAGGAAAGAGGAGGCGAAAGGAGACCUGCAUACAGACCAGCUGACUGGAUGAUAAAUGAUCUCUAGAAGAGGCAGAGAUGCAGGGAGGCAGCCAGAGCAGGAAAAGGGACGGAAAGUGACGCUGUAUAUUAAAACGUACAUGCUGUGGGGAGAUCAUAUCAAAUUAAAAUCGUAAAGGAUCUCUGUUAUCGAAGGAGAAUGCUGUUGAAAUGUAGCUCCCAUCACCUGGAUUCACCUUGUGAGUCUGCUUGAGGCAGUGUGGGUGGUUUUAUAUCUGAAAGGGGAAGAGAUUAAGCAGUGAGGAGGGACAGGGAGAGACAGAAGCAGACACAAAGAGGAUGAUGAGGACAGAGGUGAAACUCAGUUAGGAUGAGCUGAGAGAAAAAAAAAAAGUCACUUUAAGAGGUGUGACACGACAUCCGAGCCGAGUGAGUCGAGGGGGUCCUUGUUCCCUAAUACAGGCCACAAUUGUGGGAAUGAGUGGAGGAGCAGUUCAUGACUCAGAGGAUUUUGUUUUGUCAGUGUGUUGCGAGGGUGUUGGAGGACAAACAAUCAGUGCGGUUAGACAAAUAAUCUAGUCAGCCUCUGAAAUGAUGUCUGUACAUUCAAAAUUUUGUUUAUGUCAUCGUCUCUUCUUAGUCAUGAAAAAUUGAAAAAGCAAUGAAAACUUUGUCUUCAUUUUCAUCGACAAAGACAGCUCGAGGUCUGCGUGGUUUCAGUUACUUUUUUGAGGCAGUGCAAGGUCGGACUAUGUUUUUUGAGCAUGUUACAUGUUACUUUAGUAGACCAGUACACCUUUAGUAGACCUCCAAGUUGGGCUGGGUGAUAUGGCCUCAAAUCAAUAUCACGGUGUAUUGAGCAGUUCACUUCUAUAUCGAUAAACGGACGAUAACUACUUCACAAGUUGCUCACCCCCUCCCAUAUUAACUUUGUCUACUCCAACUUUUGAACCGUCCUCCAUCUCCUCACCUGUCUUUCCCUCUUUGUUACGGACUGGAUGGGGUGGAGUCACGUCUUCAAUGUCUUAUAGGGACAUGAGACCAUAGCCUAGCUACACACAUCCAAAAACAACUUUUAUUUAUUUAUUUUUCUGGACACCAAAUAUAUCGACACAAAAUGACAUCAGUUAUUUUCGUAAGUUUUCAAUAUUGGUACAUUUUUGGUUUAUCGCCCAGCCCUACCUUCAAGAACAAAUCAUCUUCUUCUUCUGGCUUUGUCCAUGUUGGUGCCUCCUACCCCCUCUAGAAAGUCACUCCUGUACUUUCUCUGUUCUCCGAUCAUCAGCAAAGGAAACGUGUUUGUGGAGGUCAUUAUUAAAAGUAUGGGCAUGAUCUGCAGCUGUCAUAAACUCCAAAUAUGCGACAGUAAAAAACCUGGAAAGAGAAAGCAGCAGAAAUUUAAUGUUAAAGCUCUGAGCUGCUGUUGGCUGACCUGACAGCAGUGGAUGACCUCAGUUUUCAGUGGGGGUGUGUCGCUCUCUGCAGCGUGGGAUUCUGGUCUAAAGCCAAACACCUCAUGAUCUCUCUCAGCGUCUCAUCUGCUUUUUAUUUUCCCUGCACUCCUCUUGUCUGUUUUGUUUAUUGCUUUUUACUAAAGGAGGGCGGAGACUUGUUGGAGAGCUGUAAUGGAUUUUUCUGGGUGAAAAGAGGGGAAGGGUUGAAACUUGGGAGAGAAGUGUCUAAACAAACCACCCAAGAUAUGACUCAGACGUUGUGCAGGUUGUGUGAUUCAAAACGACUGUUUCUGUGGAGAGCAGAAAAGCACGCCCUGCAGACAGAAGGAAAGAGGGAGGAGCAGCUUAGUGCAGGAGGACAAGAUGAGCUGUAGCGAUUAGAUCAGUGGUCUCACGUCGAGUGCAAUGGGUAAACGAGAGCAGAGCGGCACCAGCUGUGUUAACCAAUUAGCACACUUUCACUUUCACAGACGAGGAAAUGGGCUGCUGUGUAGACAGCGCUGAAAAACCUCCAGGGCCUCUGUGGGAAGUGGUUUUGGACUAUGACAGCGACAGGCAGAUGCAUCAGCCUCAAAGUGUUUUCAUUCAACUUCAUCUGAAUUUCCUCACGACAUGCCACUUGUUGCAAAAAAAGUAAAUAUAGAAAAUGUAGGAAAUAACCACGUCACUGAAACCCACUGCUCAGAUUACUGAAUCUGUGAGCUCCAAGUCAACCAAUGUGGUUUUUUCAGUCUGUUUCAUACUGUUUGUCUCUCUUUAUGGUCUACAACAACAAACAAGAUCCAUUAUCUCUCUGUGGUUACCCUCAAUGUCUGAAAAUGCUGAUGGAGUGAGGGUGUCAGUUGAACUACAGAGAGUAAAGACUUUGUUUACAUUUCUUCCAUUAAAAGUUAUUGAUGAGCCAUUUAUUUCCAGGUCAGAGUAAGGGAGGAGAGGAGCCACAAGGAGAGCCAGAAUCAACCCAAACCAGAGUUGUUCAGAGGAGCUUUAAGGAUCAGUUUGUAGUAUGUCUCUCAAAUCAAUUACCGUAAAAGUUUUGUACGUAAGUUGUGCAAUAUUCACAGUCUGUGUUAGUCAGACAACACUGUCUAAGUGCAAAGGCUCCUCUGAUGAUGAGGUCCAAAGUCUAAAGCCCUGUCUACUCUGAUGUAAAUAUUUUUUUAAACUUAUUUUUCCGACUAUUUUGUCUUUUAGAUCACCUGCAAAAAGGUUAGUUUUGAGUGUACUCCUGUUCAGACUGCAAAAACUGAACUCUGCACAGUCUUUUAUAAACCUCUUUUAUGUUGAUAUCCUGAUCAGACAGUGAGUUGGCGUCUAGUUGGUGAAAACAUUAGCAUGUUUUUAUCCAACAGAAGCUAAAAAACAAAUUAACUGUGGAUUUAAAUUCACCACAUGUACUAAGAAACGACUCUAAGUGAGACAUAAUGUGACAUCAGGUCUGCUGGAUGUGUUAAUGAGCACCUGUUUGCUAACUCAUCCUCCAUUUUUAACUUCAGGAGGUGAGAAGAUGUCAUGUUUGUGUUUCCACUCCAUGUCCCACACAUAGUAAUAAAGAGUAAUACAUGUUUAUGUGUUGUGUCUUCUGGUCCGUGUAAUAUGAGCUUGUUGUGAUGUUACUGAGAGCGGCUGUUGUAGGCACAUAAAUAUGCUGAUUUCCCACAGAGCUGCUGUUAGUGUUAGUUAGCGGUGAGGACAGUGAUGCAAGAUAAACAAGCCAACAUAAUUACAUAACUUGUGUACCUCACUUCUCUUUCUGUAGGGUCAUUUGGAUUCACAUGCAGCAUAGAGGAGUAUUGAAAAUCAGUCUUUCAGCAACUUCAAACUCAUAAUUCCUUCUAUUUAUUGCUCUUGCAUAAAAGAAUAUAAGAACAGGUGAUGGAAACGGUUGCUAAAGAAGUCACAGAAGAUCACUGGCUGUUGAAUCAGAAAAGACAAAUGUACAAGUUUGACUAAAAAAAUCUAAACAACAUUAAAUGAAUUCAUUACAUGAAUAUUUAACUCAAACUCAGUGUGUUGUUCGUGUACCGUGUUAAUGUUAACAUACCAUUAUAAGUUUCUCUCUCCUAUCUUAUUGUGUGUCCUUACUGUAUAAUAAACACAAAGACAGGUCAAAUUGACUCGACUUCUUUCAUUGAUUAUUGAGCAUAAAUCACCCACUCCUGCUGUGGGGUGAUGACUAAUAUAAAAAUACAGGUAGUAUUGAAUGUAUGUGUCAUGUCCAAAUGUUCAAAGGACAGACAGUUGAGGCAGAGAGUGUUUUGAGUGCUUUGAGCUUGUCAUGCACUCAGUGGGGAUUGUCUGUGGGUGUCAGUGGUCUCUACUGUUUAAAUGAGCCCCUGUAGCGCUCAGUCUUGCACCCGAGUGAAUGAUCCCAUCUGCUCAUCAUGGAGAGGUUGAAAGGGGUUAACUGAGGACAGCUUUGAUCUUUUUCUGUCCAUCGCUGCCUCCAGCCUGAGCACAGAGCUCACUGUUAAGAGCAGCUUUUUAACUCAGCUGCUUCUUUGAAUCUGAUCCCAGCUAAAGUCAUCUCUAAGGGUCAGAUGUCCACAAGUAUUGAAACUCUUUUAAAACCACCACCAUGUUUAGACAUCCUGUCUCAGUUUUCUUCAUGAAGUGUACAGUCCAUGUUGGCCACAACGUUUGGUAGGAUUGGGAUAACUUAAAGUUGGGGUAGGCAGGAUCUGAGGAAGUGCCAGUUUUUUGGGAGAAAUCUUGGGUGUAAACUCUACCCCUCCCAACCAGUUUUCCCUUCAGCUCCGCCUCUCCCCUCCGUCUCUGCUCCAACAAGCCCCGCCCACAAACAGAAACUCCUGCUCGCUCGUAUUGUUCCAAUUAAAUCCAGAUAUAAUGCAGAUAAAUACUUCAGAUAAUUACAAAUGGGGCCCAGUCGACGUGAAAGUAAAAAGCAUUGGUGCUACUGUAGAUGCCAACAGACCACCAGCAAACACAAUAUUUGCAGGACUUCUACAACUAGGAUAAAGUGACAUAGUCCAGGACCUGAACUAAACAGAUAAGCAGCACUUCAACACGCAACAGGUCCCUUUGACAAGUAACUCUUCGGUUACAGACACUUGGCUUACUUUGUUAAAGCAGUUUACCUGUCCAGCAGAGAGGUUACAGGGUUCGUAAGACCCCGAAGCGUCCCCCAUCAUUUAUGCUUCAUCGAUGUCGACCCGGCUUUUUAGCCCUUGUCUGGCUGGUCUACCUCCUUUUUAAGCGCCGUUUUUUUCACCAGAGUCUCCGGUAUUUACUUUGUUUUCUUGCUUGUGUUGGCAGUUGUGGCCAAAAGAGGAUUCAGAAAAUGUUCCGUACUUUCCGAUUGGUUUCUACUGUCCGAUAUUGUAGCACACUCACUUUGUUUGGGCUCAUGAACGUCAUUCAAGGAUGUGGCGCGUGCCUCACAACGUGAGGGAGCAGGGUCUGCCUCACAACCAAUCAGAUUAGGGGAGGAGGAGAAUGGUUUUGUUUACAGUCAUAAAUAGUGGGCCGCUCAAGAAUUUUAAAUGUUGACUACACAGACAUACAAAACGCAGCGAUAUUGUUAUAUUCCCAAAUGUCAUCAAUAACUAAUAGCUAUUGACUGAUAUUAAAAGCUUUUUUGCAUACACACCACAAAAAAAGAUCCUUUUUUAGUGGAAUCCUGCCUACCCCACCUUUAACCCUACGGUCACCCUGAAGCCUCCUUUUUACGGUUUAGUGGCUAAUUUUUGGAAAUCUUAUCAGCAGAACCCCAAAUAACACAACUCAUGUUUUGAAUGUCUUGUUGUCACAACAGGUGAUCCGUGUGUGGAAGAUCAGCUUUUUGUGACAGGGUCAGGUUCUGUGACUUAGUUAUGAGGCAGGGGAUCAAAGCAGAGAGGGUUCUCAAUGAAGACUGAAAGACAAACAUAAAGCUUCCAGACAUAGACGCCUGGCAGGUACCUAUGGAGGAUAAUCUGGGUGUACAGAUGAGCCGGCAGGGUGAGUCAGAGUGAGAAGGAGACAGCGGUCUCAUCUGAAGAGCUGGGUUUAAUAAGCAGACAGGCAGAGGGAACUAAGUGAUUAUAAUAAGAAGCUGAAGCUGUUGUCACCAUGACAGCCCUGAUUUUAAGCUCACCAUCUGCUUUGAUUGUUAGACUCAGUCUGCCAGUUAUAACAACAAAGUCAGUAACCUGAACGGAGCAUGCAAAAUUUUCCAAUUACAGACCCAGCUAAUAGAAAGCAGAGAAAGGGUGAGGUAGUGCUGCAUAAGUGAUGGACUGAAAUCGAUUUUUUGACACUACUUUUUGCCCAUGAACUGACUUUUAGCCACUUUGAUCAUUCAUUAGCUGUUGAAGCUAAUUUCAAACAAACUGGAUUAAUUAGGGUGACCAUAUUCUGAAUCCCCAAAAUGUAGACACUACCACAUUGGGCGUGCACACAUGGGGAGUGUUUUUCACACGCUUCUAACUCAGUUAAACGCAUGUUCUGAAUUACCAAGCAGACACCAAACCAGGCCUCAUGGAGAUACUGAAAAAUACUCACACAAAGUUGCAUUCAUAAACAAUAUAUUCAUUUUUAUAAAGCAUUUCUCCUCAACAAAAGUAUCAGUCACAUACAAAUAUUUCUACCUUUUCUUUCACUCACCUGGACAGUGCAUGUGUGCGUCUCAUCUGUGGCUUUGCUUGGAACUGAGCGGAGGAGCAGAGCAGCGAAGAGCACUGAUGCGUUCCACUGUUUUAUAAUGAAUGAAUACACAUUCCGGGGUUUGGCGUCUCUGAGUGUGUUUCCAUAUAACCAUUGAACCUGUAUGGUGAAUGCAAUGGUCUGUGAUGCAAAGAAAAAGUACAUGCUACACAAACUCAAAAUUAUGGAAGCCCGUUUCCACCAGUGAAAAAAGCAGGCUUCCAUACAAAACCCUGGACAUUUGAAGGAUUUUAUAAACUCCACCUAGACAGGCCGGACAGCCCCCCAAAAGAGGACGUGUGUCUGGGUAAAAAAGGGCAUAAGGUCACCCAAGUAUUAAUGUCAGUAUCAGCCAGAAUGAGUUUGAGAAUACGUAGCCUCAGUUUUAUCACUCACCGGUAUCUGAAGCCCAACUGUGGCUGACAUGUCGGAAAUGCUCACUCAGCCUAACUUACCCAGUAUGUUUACAUGCACAGAUAAUUGGGGUAUGUUAACAACUUGAUAGGCGAUUUAACUGGACUAUUAUUUCAUCUGACUAAUGUGUUAGUGCACCAAAGAGAAAGUUUUUGCUGCCAGCUUCUAACUAACACAGUUUAGUUCACUCGCCAUAUUCCAAACAAUUUGUAGAUGUACUGCUUGUUUCAUGUUUUCCCUCCAGUGACUGACCUCUCUGCUUGACCCUUUGGGAAUGUAUGUAAAAUAUUUUCAGAGGGCUAAAUUUGACCCACACUUUGCUUUGCUUUGGGCUGCGGUGGCCUAGAUUCCUCUGAAGUCCCUCUCGGACAGAUAAAUACAUUCAGCUGUUAAGUGAAGAUAAUAGUUGAAUCCCAAUUACUCAGACACUUGUUCUACAUUGAACCCCAGGUCGGUUUUGUGCUGAGGGUCUUUACAGAGGCUCAUGUUUUUGGAUGUUUAGCCUCUAGGAGAGCAGAUUUGCUGCGAGCGGGUUAAUCCUUCUCCUAUACGUCCUUAAAAUUUCCCUGUGUUUUCUUUGGCGGUGAUAAUCCACGGUAUUGUUGUAUUUAUGAGAUUGGAAAAUUAAACUUCUGAUCUCAGUUUUCCUGUAUUUAUGGACCAGACUUCAGUUCAGCCCUUUGUUCUCGCCCCACUUAAUUCACCGUCAAAGCCUGGCGCCCCGCUGGGUUUAUUUAUAGCUCAGACUGUGUGGUUGGAGCGUAUUGCUUUGAGUGUUUCGCCUCCCAACAGCCAUUUCUCAUUCCCCAAACUACAGUUUCAUAAGCUCUAAAUCCCCUCUGUGUCUCCCUGUCUUUGUCUUUGUGUCCCCAGAGCUCUCCAGCUGCUGUGUUUAUGGCUUUCCAGUGUUUGUAUAGUUUCCAUUAGCAGCCAAGGUACAGAGCAGUUUGUACUUUCAGUGCACAUAAUUUCAUGCUGUGUAGGCUGUAAAAUGCUCUCAGAGUGUUCGCUACUGGGCUUUUGAUUGAAGUUGCUGAUACUCCGAAAGUUUCCACCUAAGGUAUUAAGUUCAGCAACCUAGAAAGCUUUUAACUUUCUUGCUGGGUUUGAUAGGAGGAUCAAUAUCAAACUACUGUAUUAAUUAGAGUUUUUAAAAGGUUUCUUUUUCUCUGAAGACAGUCAGCUCCAAGCUGUUUUCACUCAUUUACAGUCCUUUGGUUGAGCUAAGCUAACCAGCUGCUGGCAGUAGCUACAUAUCAAACUGAUAGUGUUUGACACUCCAAUUUUUUUCUGCAAAAUUUUCUCUGACUAAUUUCAUCUUCAUAUUUCUUAUAAAAACCCGAAUUAAAUGGAAAACUGUGAGGGUUAAAAUUUUACAUACUUGCAAAGACACAUUCUUGAAUAUUUUUUCUUCUUCUUUUCUGUUACUGUAAGCUUAAAAUCAUAUUUUCAAACUGAAUUCACAAAACUUCAGAUUCUUUUGGCAAAGCUCGACGAUCAAAUCAUUUAAGUUUCAUAAAUGAAUAAACACUGUUUAAACAUCAUACACAUCAAAGUAAACAUACUCCUAAGCAGAGGUACACAUUACACUUUACAGGGGUGCACCAUCAAACACGUUAUUUUUUAAGACAAAUAUCAGUAAAUUUCAUAACGAUACAAAAAUUGCACAUAUACUAAAAAAUGCAGUAAUAGUUUUCAAAAUAAAUACUCUCAAAAACAGAAACUUCUCAGACCCUGACCGAUGAAAAGUCUAGAGAAGAUAUCAAAAAUCAAAACACAAAAAGACUGACAUUGUUGCAAAUCCAAGACUCACUACUGUCCUUCACAACCUUGUCAUACUUGGACGUUUAAUCAUCACCAGGGUCAGUGGUGUGUCCGCUAACUCUGUCUGAUUCCACACAUGCAGCGCUCUGCAAAGGUGAUAAACAUAGAGACAGAGUACGACUGCAGCAUUGUCCUCCUCCUUUUUGUGGUCUGCUGUUCCUCACUCCCACUUCUCCUCCUUUUGCUCUCAGACUGUCUCCAUCAGGCUUUGAUAUCAACUUUCAAUUUACUCGAGCUUUCUGAACUGGCUUACAUUAGUACCGUCACAUCAUUAGCAACAUGUAUUUUCAGUUUGAUGUCCAAAUUGUGACACCAGGAGUCACAGUAAAUCUGGAGUCUCUCAGGGUUUGGUCUUGGGCCCUCUGUCAUUCUCUUUACGACCUUUAAAGGUGUCUCUUAUCAUUUUGAGGCAGAUGACAUUCAACUGUACAUGCUUUGUAAUCGUAAUGUCACCUGUUUCACUAUCCCCAGUGCAGGGUCCACAGUGUCCAGGGUUGAGCUUAAGACAAUUGUCCAUGUUUUUCUAUAAACUUGGUUAAAUUAUUUUUUAAGCGUCUGUCCAAGCAGCACUUGUUCGAACCACCUGCAAGUGGUCCAAAAUGUUUCAGCUAAGCUUUUGCAAAGUCAUCCAAAUGGUCUCAUGUGACACCCAUCCUCAGGUCUUUGCACUGGCUCCUGCUUUGAUUCAGAAUCCAGUUUUUAAAUGCUCGUGGUUGCAUACGAAGCGUUGAAUAGUCAAGCUCCAGAUUAAAUUGGAGACCUCCCCAAGACCUAAAAGUCCAGGACUCUGGGGUCCUCUGCUCAAGGCUUGCUGGUUGUUCUCCAGACCAGGCUCACAACUAAUGGAGACUAUGCUUUUGAUGUUAAAAUUUCACUUAUUUCACCUGUGGCUGUCAUUUACUAAGGGUCAAGUGAUACAGAUUAUUGGUAGUUCAUGAGACAGAUUUGGAGCUGGUAUGCUUUUACAGUAAAAAUGAGAAACAGUCAUGUAUUCUGGCCACUUGGAGGGUGUUGUGGGCAGAAUAUUAGAUGUAGUAAGUAAGAGUGUCUGAUGUGCAAUCAAGGGCACAGCUAAGUUGAUGGACAGGUGCAUCCAUUGUAGCUGAUGGCUGGGCAGUACAACUCCACCUUUGUGCCUUUUUGUAGAGUGACUUAAAUGAGUCAGUGUUUCCAACAUGGUGCUUGCAAUCAUUCGGUUUCACCAAACACCAGCGGGUGACGUCAGAGAUUAAGUCCGUGUAUUACACAGUCUACAACUUCUCAUUGCUGUAAGCUCUUGGGGAACUUUAAGGUUUGUGCAGAUUAUGGUGUUCCCUGUCUACAAAGCUAUACGCCUCUCUGUCACAAACAUACUUGUACUUCUGCAAGAGCUAAACAGACAGGCAGGGAUUUCAGAGAGCGCUGGGAACUUUGCCUUUCUUUGAGCAACAAACUUCUCUUUUACCAAUGGAUCUAAAAUAAAUCCACUUUUAGUUUGAAAGUCUUCGUACCUUAACUCAAUAUGUUACUUAUUUAUGACAGAUAACGAAUGCUGUAUCUUGUGAAUAAUUGUUGAAGCCAUUCCUGAUUAGAGUUGUCCCAUAAUGGCUAUGCACAAAGUAAGAAUAACAGAGUUUUCUGAUCACGGUAUAUUUAUGCUCAGAAGAAGGUACACAAAUGGAUGUUAAAUAUGAUGUGUCUGUUUUUUUCACUGUGAAUAAAUUAGAGCCAAUAAGAUGCCAUUAUGGUGACAGAAAUAUCACCAGGUAUCCUUAUAUCACUUUAAGAUGUGUGAAGCUGCAGGUAGUUGUGUUAGAGGUGGUGUCUGAUGUGAAUAUUACAUGCAUCUGCAGCAAAAGCUAAAACAAACUGUAGACGUUAGAAUACCAUACAGAUAUUUGUGUCAAAAUUCAAAACCAAUCAGCUUCGUCAGAUGGAUAUUUGACAUUAAAGUAUGCAACUUAAUUAGAAUCUCACUUACAGGUCUGAAAAACAUCUCAGCCCUAAUGUUGCUAAUGUUUUACUUUCCAGUUUGAAGGCCGUGCUGUCAACACCCCCUUCCAGUGGAGCCUUGGACCUGUCUGGGAUCCCCCUUACAGUCCGGGACAUGGAGCGUCUAUGUGCACACCUGCAGCGUUACGCCUCCACUGUGGUCAGCCUGGAGUUGGGCUUCACUGAGCUGACAGACGAGGCUUUUCUGCUGCUUCUGCCCACGCUGGCCUCUAUGCCUAACCUGGAGACACUCGCACUGAAUGGAAACAGGCUGACCAGGGCGGUACUGAAGGAGCUGACUGAUGCACUGAAGGUCAGAAAGUCACAUAUCAGUGAAGUGACGACCCAGUGACCAUAUGUUUAUGAGUGGACAGCUGUAAAGAAUGACCACCAUCACUAACAAGACAUGUUAAACCAGUUUUAAUGUUUUUUUACCAGCAUUUUCUACGAGUUAUAAAUUGUAGAUUCCUGUCUAAAAGUAGUCCUGUUCUCUAAUACAGUCAUAUGUUUUUGUGGCCAUAAUGGCUUUAUGAGCAAAGCGUCAACUGUUGUGGCCAACAAGGCCAGUUGAUCUGGACCAGUCCACUUGGCUGUACCUAAAUUCCUUAAAGGGAUAUUCUAGCGUAAAAUUAAGUUAGGGUCAAACACACUGUAAGACUGAGUUAGACACCCCAUCAAGAGAUGAAUGUUGCCGACCACUUGCUUAUCUAGUUAUACCAACUGUAGUAAUGACUGCGCGAUAGCAAUACACAGCGGUCUAAGGAGCUAUAAACAAACCUCAACCAAAAAGCCACUCUUUAGCCAUAAAUAAUGCUCAUAACAGCAACUAACUUCAUCAACAGUAUAUAUAGGGUCCCAUCAAACAUCUUUUUAAUUUUGUCUGAUUUCUUUAGCAAAAAGACCAAACACAAUCACCUACUCUCUUCCAGCAGCAGCUUGUUUGUGGGGGAGCCCUGACGAGUCCAUUAUGGACUGCUGUGGAGUGAAGCAGCUCAAGGAAGAACAUUUAUAAUUAUUACUUCAUGGAAAUGCAAUCAGACUGAGACGCUAAGGCAGAAGAACUACCAUAUCUGCAGUGCAAAAUGAUUAAUAUGAUGAUUAUUUCUUCAAGGAAAUGAUAAAGUAAUGAUCAUAAAUGCUCUUCCUUGAGCUGCGAAACCCCGCUGUGGUUGUCGUUACUAAAGUUGGAAUGACUAGAGAACCAAGCGGUCAGCAACAAUUUAUCUCUCGAGGGGGUGUCUAACUCAGUGUUCUGGUGUGUUUGACCCUAGCUUAAUUUUACGAUGGAAUAUCCCUUUAAGUUUCAUUCUCACCUCUUACCUGUGUAAGAAAUCCCUCCACGUGAAGAACAAUCUGCAGUUUGUUUAUGCCUCUUGCCAGGAACCAUAUGGACCAUUUGUUCUGGCAAAUUGUGUUAUAAAAUACAGUUUUAGAGUUCUUACAUCUGCAUUUGAUUGUUAACUUUUACCUUUUUUUUCUUUUUUCGCCCUUUAGGAUCCAGGCAGUUUCCCCAGUGUGACAUGGAUCGACCUGGGCAACAACGUGGACAUCUUCUCCCUGCCACAGCCUUUCCUGGUCAGCCUGAGGAAGCGCUGUCCCAAACAAGGGAACCUCCCCACCAUCCUGGAGUUUGGAGAGAGUCAGGCCAGUGACCCCCCUGAGAGACUGAGGGGCCUUGGGGAGGAGGAGGAGACAGAUGACACCAACCGGACCGAGAGCAUGGGCGAGCUGCGUUCAGAGGUGGAGGAAGAGCUGGACGGAGAGAUGGAGAUUGAGGAAAUGAUGGAGGAGCUGCUGGACUUUGACCGGGAGGUGCAGGGGAAGGACGAGGAUGAGAGCAUGUGGACGGUGGAGGAGCAGAGGAAGGUAGGGAGGAGGAGUGGAAGGAGAGGAGAGGAGGAGGAGGAGCAGAGGAAGGAGCAGCUGCCUGGGAGGAGGGCGACGGUGGUGGAGGACGAGGAUGACACGCAGAGCCACUCCUCACACAUGUCCUACUCCAGCCAAUCACUGCACUCCUCUGGGAUUGCAGAGCCAAUGAGAGCAGAGGAGGACUACGAUUUAGACGAGGUGACGGACCAGUCGGAUCACCUGACCUGAUUGCUGCUUCCUGCUUGUGUUUCCCUUCCUUCGUCCAGUCCUGUGUGCCAGACUGAGCAUGCUCAAAGUCGAACAGAAAGUAGCGUUUGGAGGUAAACUUGCUGCUCUUUCAGCUGAUCUGAGGUCAGAUCCUCACCAGAGUAACGGCUUGAUCCAGGUGAUUCUCUGAGACUGUGACAUGAGGUGACAAUCCCCUACCCCUGGAAGUCUGUUUGACUGAGCUGUCUGUGAUUUGAAGUAUUAAUAGAUGAGGAUGCUUAGGAUAGAAUCGACAGAUAAAUUAUAUCACGUGAGGCUUUUAUGUACAGAAUGUUUACCUUUCUUCAGGUCCUUACCUCCUGCUAACCCUGCUUAUACCUACAUGUGCCUGUCACACCUUCCUUUAAUGUUGUGUGUCAGAAAAACCAAACACACACUAACUAAUCAGGGCCCAUUUAACACUUUAAGAGAAGUUUGUGCUUUUGAAAUGUUUUAACUGUUUUCCUCCCACGUGAUGUUGACGACAGCCAGCCAGAUGCAUCAGAAGAUUGACGGAAAUUUAAAGGUUUCUCCGUGUGAAACCAUUUCUUCUGAAGACACGAACAGAUGCAGCCUGAUUUGGUGGGUGAAAAGCGCACUGAGGAUGAAUUUAGUCAACUAAAACCAAAAGAAGUGAGUGACUCCCGACAGAGAAGGGUGCAGUAAAGGCUUAAUGAUUGUAGGAAACAGUUAAAAGAGACGUAAUUGAUGACAUGUCCUGUAACAAAAAGCUAAAAGCUGUACUACAAAGCAAGAAAAGGAGGUGAGGGCUCAUUUAUGCUUCCUUUACGAAAACUCAAAUCAUUUCAGAGCCCUGAGUGAAAUAAGUCUUCAUCUUUGGCUCUCCUCUUCUGCUCUUCAUCUUAUCAUCUCAUUCAGUUGGGAUUCGUAGUCGCUUCAAAGCCCAACUGGCUUCUGCUUUUGAACAUCCAGGAGAAGGACUGAGGUUCGGGUUUUACCCUCAGGACCAGAGAGCUUAAGCAUCCCCUCAUCCUCCUGCACUUUGUAGUGUGGAGCGAGGGAGUUGUUGGACCAGAGAGAAAGAUAGAGAGAGAGAGCAAGAGCAGUGAUUCAUGCAGAGCAGUGGUAACAGUAAGUCGAGAAGGUGUCAAUCAAGCAGUGUGUUUACAUUCAACAGAGGGCCUAAGGUGGCUGACUGAAUCAGAAUGAAACAGAUCUGCACAUGAAAACAGAUCUGUAUGUUUUAAACAGGUUGAACGUCACUAUGAGGAAUUAGGUAACAUGAAUGCGACCUUCAUCGGUUCAUAACAAGCCAGCAUAACUGGAAUGCACUGUAGCUGUCUUUUUCACGUUUUUUCCCACAUUUUCUUUUUUGUCUUCUCUCAUUCAGGGUGGGAGCGGCGUAGUAACAUGGACAAUAUGUGUACUGAGCAGAACUGUUAACAUUCAUACCAUAGACUGUGUAUAGAAUGGACGCCUUCUGCCUCCUCAGCACCCUCCUCAGCUGCCUCCUCAGCACCCUCAGCAGAACAGCACCCUCUGGUGACGGGCUGCAGUAUAGGUCAUAAAUCUUGCCUCCUCCAGCAAUCCCUAUGGAGCUGUGGACAAACUUUAGAAAUGAAUUACACAGAAUACAAAUUUUUCUCCCCCCUGGUUGCGAUGUUGACAUGUAGUUACUGUAAGACUGGUUUGUACUCAAGUCCUCUUUUUUUCUGUACAGCUCCAUUUUUAAAAGUUAUUGGGGGGGUUUUUCUAUGAUUGACACUUGAUACAGCCUAUGGGCGUACAAAGAUUGUGUAGAUCAUCCAGGGGAAUACGUUAGUUAAGUUGAGCGUCAUCACAGUGACUCUCCCGUCAAAUGCAUACAAUGCUAUUGCGCAAGUGGUAGAGUGCGCACAACACUACUGCGCAAUGUUGGUUUCAGGAAGUGACAAAAAAAACAGAAAUACCGAGAGCAAUUUGGCUUCAAAUUCAUAUACUGGCAGAAGGCGAAACCAAGUUUUCCAUAGUGUAUACAUGUAUGUAUGUACACAUGAGUAUGUACAUGAGCAUAAAUGAGUGCAAAUCGGCCGAUGUUGGUUUCAUCAACCUCUUUAACAUUCCUGGUUAAACUUGCUUUGUGGUACAGCCCUCUGAAAAAUCUAAUAUUUAGCAGCCCUUUAACUCAUAAUCCAGUCCCAUUUCACGCCAAAGUCCUCCACACAGCCCUGUGAUUUCUUAUACGAAGAUCACACUCACGAAUACUUUUCACCAGGUUAAAACUACUUAUACCUACUCACAGUAUGUAGCUCUCACCAAGCCUGUGAUUUUCCUUCAUGUGCCACUUCUGGUCCACAUAAAGUUUAAAGUAACAAGGCGUGAUUUUUGGAUGUAGAGUAUAUCCAGUGUAUGUUGUUUUUUCUGUACAGAAGUGACUGUUUGAACCGUACACUUACAGAGGAAAACUGCGUAAUUAGAGGAGAAAUCAAUGUUUUAUCUGUUGUGAGUACUUUGAGCUGCCUUUGUGUUUAUAAAUAGCGCUAAGAGCCAAGAAGAGGGUGAACAUGGUUUUCAAUCUGUGACACCAAGAUGAGAGUUGAACUAACAUAAUAAUGAGCAGGUUUAAAGAUGUAACAGUGUAAAGAAAUAUAAGAAGGUUUCAUCUCAAAGCGGUCAAAAAAAUGAAUUAAUACACCCUUUUUUCAGCAAAAAUCCACCCCUUUGGCACAAAGACAUUAAUGUUUGUGCUGUAUAUGCAAAAUCAGAACAGAGGCCUUAAAUGUCACUAAAGGGUCAAUUAUGGAUAUGAUUAUUAUAUAGUGGAGAUUUCACAGAGGGACCCAGCUGCAGUUUUUAAUAGCAUCUAAGAAAAAAUACCUUUUUCCUGCGUAUUCCCAGAGUGAUUAUGAAAAAUAUAUUCAGAACUAUUCAAAAGGCCUAAUCGCUGCUGCUGUUUUACUGUUUUAACUAACUGUAGCUACACAGAAUGGACAGAGCAACUCUUACUCAAUGUGAAGCCAUAACUUUUAGAGGACACAACCCUCUAGAUAUCAUACAGUUAUCUCUUAAGUGUCUUUAAACAAUAUUUGAAUCUCACUCAAGAAGGUUAUUAAGUCAAUUUUGUUUGCUUUAAUUGAUGAAAUUCUCAACUGGGCUUAAGUGGACUUGUCAGGUCUGUGAGGCGAAUGUCAAAAGUUAUGAAAUAAUUUGACUUAAGAUCACACAAACACACUUGAUAUGAUUUGAGUUUUGCAGUGUUGAAAUGAGAUGACUGGGGUUGAAAUCCUUUCGCAAAGUGUUGGUUUCUGCGAUUUAUUAUCAUCACUAUCUAAGAAAUGUGACUGAUCUUAAGCUAAAGGUGUUGCCAUGUCAUUUUUGCCUACUUGAAAUGUAAUUUAUCUUUUUAAGAGUUUUCAUAAAAAUGGUUUUAAAGAUUCAAAGCAGAUAACUAAAACUAUAACUUGGCAGAAAGACUAGUUAAAUUUGUCCUUCAUAAUGUGUAAACUUACCUUCUACUGGUCAGUUUUUUUUUUGUUUUUUUUUUUGUUAUGUGAAAGAAAAUGGCCACCACAAGUACGCAGAAUGUGGUGCAAUAUCUUAAGAGAAAUAUUCUUCUGUUUUCUCUUACUAAAAAAUUUCUAAAAAAAUACUAAUCUGGGAGUUUGCCUUUUGACAUGAAAAUGAGGAAUAACCUUUUUUAAUUAAAAAGAAUAUUAUACUGGAAUUACAGGAUUAAAGAUCUAAAACUCUGUUUUUCUGAAUAAACAUUAAACAGUGUAGUCCAAGAUAUCUACUAUUUUUAUCACUUACUUGAUUCUCUCUUAAGACUCCAUGAAGGUCAUCCAAGGUCUAAUUCAGAUGCAUCAUCUUAUACCGUGAAGCAACACUAUUGGCUCAGCUGGUCCUGCAGAAACACAUUGAUAAAAUGACCAUAAAGGUGCAGUGUGUAGUAUGUAGCUGCAUUUAGCAGAAUAGACCUCACAGAAAUGGAAUAUGACAUUACAAAUGUGUUUAGAUUAGUGUUUAAUAACCUAAAUAUAACACAAAAAAAUUCAGAGUGACCCUCUAUGUCAGAAGAGGAUGGGUAUUCAGUACCAUUUACUGAGUUGCAGUCUGAAAUGCACCGAUUGGACAGAGAUGAACCAUAAGAAGAAGUUUUUGAUGGCAAAAACUUUUUAAAUGGAAGAUCAUAAUUACAGGACCUUCUUGUCCUUAAAGGCCACCAUUAGUUCUGGAAUUGGCAAACCAGGAGUGAGCAAGGGAGCAUUUUAAACUAGAAUCUAAAAGCCUGACAUCUCUAAGUAUUCACAUUCCUACACACUGUAGCUUUAACUUUUAAUUCAGAAAAUCAUCUUUUUUUUUUCUUUUUUAUCCUUCAGAUGAAAUUAUCUUGUUAACUCAGAGAAUCUGAGGAAUUUUUUAUUAUCAGUUGAAUUCAAUGUGCUUCUGUGAUCGUUUGCAACACAGUAAUCUAUGACUCGGUUUUCAUAGUUGUCCUUAAAUGCUUGAAAAUGAAAAUGAUCCCAUUUGGCCUUCUUCUUCUUAUCAUUAUUAUUAUUGAGUCGGUAUCAAAGAAUAUUCAUUCAUUUCUUUCACUGCAGCUCAGUUUGAAUGUUUGAGCUGAAAUUGGGGUCACAUCUCUGUAUUUUGUUGAUUUUUUCUUUAAGGCAGGUGUGUUUUAUUCAUGACAUCUCUCAGCAGACACCAUGCAGAGUGACUCGUCCCUUCAUAUUAAACUGUAUAAUAUGAGAGUAUUGUGUGCUCACCUUGGACCUAUAGAUGGAGGUAUAAAAGCUUUAGAUGUGAAGAUGCUGUGUAUGUUUUGCUCAAGGAUGCCUCUUAUAUACCGUAAAGAGACGUGAACAUGAGGGGUGUCUGUCGCCUUGGAUCUUUGCUUUCUCUCCAUGUCUUUAUGUGUGUAUUUCCCUCUCUAAAUAGACCACAGUAUUAUCCCCCUCAUCUUCCUCUGUCACUCUUCUUUCCCCAUAAACUCCCCUACAUCUUUAGUUUUGUAUUCAUGACACUUUAUUGAGGCGAUCCUGCUCUGUGCAUUUAUUUACAGAUGAAAUUGUAAUUUUCUGUAAUUGAUACCAAUAAAUUAUAUGAUCCAAAAAA